CAGUAACACCACAGCCUUUAGUCAAGUCUGGAGAGGAUUAUGUCAUUCGACAGAGGAAUGAUUUUUUUUUUUUUUUUCCUUUCUUUAAAGUGCUUCCUUAUGGGUCUGAUUGACAGCAUGCAAUGGAGAGUAGACUAUAUAAGUGGGGUUGAGCAGUCUUUUCUAUCCACUCCAGACAAGGCUCCCUUUAAGUAAAGCUGACUCUUCCAAAAGAAUUAGAAAUUAUAGAACUCUAAAAGCAUUGAUGGUUUAUUUUCUAAUGCACUGAUUUCCUUGCGGAUAUUUGGUUUGGAGGAAUAACAAAGCAAUCAGAAUUUGAAAAUCUUUCUUUUACUUACAGGUACUUUCUUUUUUUUUUUUUACUGCUUUUAAUAUUUUGUGUAAAAAUGCAUAGUCCUGAACAGAGUCUGUAUUUCAUAUAUUUGGGUUCACUUUAGUUUACACACAAUGUGCUCUCUUAACACAGGGUUGUUGGAAUUUAGCUGUCACUUUAUAUCUAUUGUUACUGCCUAAGUGCCAACUGGACACAUGUUUGUUUCUUUUUUUAUCUUCCUAAAUUAGGAGUUUCAGAGAGUUACUCCCUGGUAACCUUAAACUGACACAUGUUUUGUGGUACUUUUUAAGGUUGGUUUCCUCCAUUGAACAAAUGUUUAGGAAAAUCGCUGCAAUUGUAAAUAAUUUCUCUUUGACUUCAUAGUUUUGCUUAGUUUGUAGCAUCUGAUUACUGACUUCAUGUUUGUGCUUUUAUUGUUAAGAUAGUAAUUCAUUGUCCUAGUACAUGUGCUUUAAUGAUUCACACUUGUUAUAUUUUAAAAGACUUUCUAACAGUAGGAUAACUUUAUGUAGGUGAGUGUGUCCUAUAAGAUGCCAUUUACUUCUAAUCUAAUUGUUAAUAUCACAUGUACUGGAAUGAAGUUCACAUGCUAUAUGAUUUGCUGUAAUUUGGGUUUGGAUUGGUUGAGCACAGGUUGUAUUUAGCUGUGCAGAUCUGGGAAGCUCACUUGGCCCUAAAGGGGUACAGGGUGAGCCUGAUCUCUGUGAGUCACUACAAUAAACUGUGGAUGCAUAUAAUGAAAGUUUGCAUUCACUUGGCACAGUGUAUAAUUAGAUUGCUUGAAUUGGCAAAUUGUGUAUUUAAAUAGAAACAUUUAAAUACAGAUCCUGAUUCCUUCAUUAACCACUCGGCUGCUGGAAAUUAGUGAGUAACCAAAUAUUUAAGGCCAGUUACCAUACAUUCUGUUGCAUAAGUUUUUAGGAACUAGAGCAAAGCAUGGUAAUAUUCUAUCUAUUGUGUAUGUGGACAGUGAUGCUAUAACAUGCCAGAGAAAGUAGAGGAGAUUUGCAGCUAUCUUCAUCAUAUUUAAAGGGGGUUUAUUACCUAAACACUGGUUUGUAGUGAAUUUAAAUCUGACAAAUAUGACACAAUUUAUGUUACAACUUGCUGAGUUGGGAAAAUUGUCCAGCUCAGCUUUAGUCUCAGCUUGACUAGUCUAGCCUGAAUUUAAGUGUGAAUUCAAAGUGAAUGUGAAAUUUAAGGUAAAAUAACUAAACUGUAAAAGUUCUCUAAGCCAUCUAUGCUUUUUAUUUCAACUAUUCUUGCCUUAAAUUUGAAAGUUCCUCUGAAUUAACAGAACCAAGUUAUAAUUUUUAAAACUUGAUAUUUAAAAAACCUUUUUCAAAAUAGAUAUCACAUCAAAAAAAUACAUUUUUCAAACAAGCGUACAUCUUGAAACAUAGUCCAAAUUAAUUUCCAAUUGUUUCAUUCAUUUUCAGAAAUGUGUAUGGAGUCCAGAUGCAACUGUAUCUGUGUUUGCAAAUUCUAUCUAACAAAUUCGUAUUGUUCUUGAAAUCAAUACUGGCAGCGUUGUAAACUAGCUGUGUUGUAAUAAUACCAGAAUUUGAGACUUUGGAGACUUUUACAGUUUAGCAUAUGUUUGCCAAAAAUGAUCAAUUCCUCAGUUCUCACCAAUUGCUGGUUUAGUGCAAUGUUUCUCAAAUUAGCAAGAUAUUAUUUAUUAAUAAGCUUAUUCACUUAGAAUUCAAGUUAGAAUUCAGAGAUAAUUCAAAAUUAAUUUCAAAUCAAAGUCAAACUGGGAAAAAUUAUCUAAGUCUAUCUCAAGUUCCAGUAACUUACUGCACCCCGAAUACAGAGGACAUGCAUUUAGUGCAGGGGUGGGCAAUCUGCGGCCCUCCAGAUGUUUUGGACUACAUCUCCCUUAAUGCUCUUAGGGCCAUAAUGCUAGCAAAGCAUCAAGGGAGAUGUAGUCCAAAACAUCUGGAGGGACGCAGAUUGCCCACCCCUGCUUUAGUGAAUAACAGAAGGUGGUGCUUACAUUAAGGAGAGGCAACGGUUGGUUCAUUUCUAGACAAAUGGUUUCCUAAAUGAGCAAAUAUGAAGAUAACAUUUUGUGACACUCUUAUGCUGGAAACCAGCAGUGUACAGAAUAAUAUGCAUAUGUAAUGUAAAUGUCUCAAAGAUUAUCUGGUUUUUUUUGUACAAAUUUAUUUAUUUUAUUAUUAAACUGUAAUUUUAUCUCAAAACAGAAGUGACCAAGCAAUAUUUUACCUUUUCCUAAUUCUACUGUAGGAUAUCCUUGUGUAUUUAGACCACAUACAAAAAAAAGUGUCUAAGGGAUCUCUUUACUAACCAGUAGGUGUUGCUGUCUUAUUAACUAAUUUGCAUAACAGAUCAUUUGGAAAGAAAAUUAUGUGGUUUUGAUAAGUUAUUGAUAUUUUUCCAAAUAUUUUGACUCAAAAUUUAUUUAGGAAAUUCACAACAAUUCAGUGUGUAUUGAAUACACUUCUUAUAAAACAACCUCCCAUAUUCUCUGGCAUCUCAUUGUAACUUACAUAACUAAGCUGUUGAAACUUGUUGCAUACUUGGUCUGCACUCAAACAACUGUAAUGGACCAAACCAAAGCCAAUCCAAUAUACCUUACGCUUGUUAAAUGCCAAAAUGGCACCAUUUUGAACAGCGGUGAUUAAAGGGAAACUGUCACUACUCUGGAAAUUACACAUUUGAAUGGUACAUUAAAAUGAUAUAUAAUUCAUGUUAACCUUUAUUUCAUGUGAUGCUCCCUUUUCUUUUAAAAUGUAUAAUAAAGACUUAACAAGUGACAAUACAAACCAUUUUAUUACAAGCAUACCCAGAGCACACAAUGCAAAUGAAGAGGAGAACAGAAAUAUUUUUUCUGUUUCUUCUCUUCCACUAACUAUGUUCAGAUGGAUACAAGAUCCCAACCCUUUUGACAAGGAGUUAAAGGAACACUGUAGCGUUAGCAAUACAAACCGGUAUAUUAUAAGGCUAUAGUGUCCCUGUCUCUAUUUGUAAAGGUCCCCUUCUCCCGGUGAAUAAAAGGUUAAAAACACUUUGUUAACUUACCUUAAUUCCAACCUACUCGGACAAUGGUACUUUGAUGGGGAACUUAACCCGUUAAGGACCAAACUUCUGGAAUAAAAGGGAAUCAUGACAUGUCACACAUGUCAUGUGUCCUUAAGGGGUUAAUGCACAUGUCCAGCGAGCUUUGUACAUGCAUUAAAGCUUCCCUAUAGGUAAGCAUUGAAUCAAUGCUUUGCUGUGGGGAAUUUUAAGGCAUUAGAUGUCCUCAUGGAAGGCAUGGUGAAAUCAAACUUUAUUUUACAGAGUUAAACUCCAUCAGUAAGCAGAAAGCACUUUUAGUAGUUGUCGGGAAGCCACUAUACUUAAUGGAACAGGGGCAUUGCACCUAGACCACUUCAUUGAGAUAAAAUGGUCUGGAUGCCUACAGUGUCCCUUUAAGACAAAUGACCCCAGAUUCCAGUAUAGAGAAUAAUACAGCAAUGUGGAUUUCUACAAUUAAUUUUAUCAGUUAUACCUCACACACAUGUAUUUGAGCACUCACCACAUUAGAAUAUCCAUCUUCUGUUCAAUUGGGAAAUUAAAAAUAUGUAGACUUUGAAGGUGCUUGAGGAUUUCAUUUGACAAUCUUUGCUUUUGCUCAAAAGUAUCUGAUUUUUAAUUUUGUUCCACUGAGAACAAUGUCAAAGAUUGGUCUAUUGGUCCGCCUUGAGAAUUGGGUUAUUAAUAACAGCCUUAAGAAGCAGUGACACUCUAGCCAUCAUAACAAUCUAGGCUUUAAUUAUCACAUUCCUAAAUAAAAUGCCAACUUGAGAACUUUUGUAAUGACAGUAGAGAUUUAUGGGGCUGCCAACAAUCCAUGUUGGUAUAGGUCUCUAGAGAUAAGAUCAGGAUGACAGCAAAUUAUUCAAUUCUUCUAUAUAUGACUUUUGCAAGGGUUGUUCUUUAUACAGUAUUCCACUGGAUGUCCUACAAUGACUUAAUUCUACAGAUACAGUGUGGGUUUUAUUUAGGAUCUAACAUUUGACCUGACUUGGCCGAUGUGCUGUUCUAAGUGGUUUUCUUUGUUCUAAACUAACACGUGUACUUUUAUGUUCAUGUGCCAAGCUGUUUGUAUUGGGAUGUAAUCAGUUUGGCUGGAAAAUGGCUCUCCUCAUGUUACAGAAACUGUCUCAACAAUGUAUUUCUCAUUACGGAGAGUCAUUUAAAAGAUGCAUUUACUAGCAAACCACAUUCCAAGAAGUCAAAUAAAAUGAAGCUGUCUUUGUGAUUUAAUAUCCACAGCAUUUAUAAGGAUUUUGUCAAGUAAUGUUGUGUCUUUCUAUAGUCUUUCACUUAGUUUUUAAGGAAUUUAUUGAGCCUUGAAGCACAUGUUGCUUUGUGUAUGGUCAGUGAUACAUGAAAACAGUAAAUGUUCUUUAAAAUUACCAGUAGUUUGAGAAAUAAUAUACAUUUUAUUUUAGUUCCAUAUUGUCUGUGUUGACUGUGUUAUAAAAUAAAUAAAAAAUUUGUGUAUUUUUUUAAUUUUAUAAUACAGGGAACACAGACAACAUGAAAUUAAAAUAAUUUGGCAACAAUGGUAUACCUUUAAUAGAGAGAUCAAGUAUAUAAAAUAGGACAUUUAUCAAUGCCUUAGGAUUGUUGAGAUAAUUGAAUGAAAUAUUUUUAUAAUUUGCUGUAAAUGGUAAUUAGAUAUACUUAUUUUAACAUAUUUAUGCCCCAAGGAAUUUAACAUAACUGUUAGGCCGAUGCACCCAUUCCCUGUUUUAGCUUCUAGAUCGUAUACAGUUAUCAUGAAAGAUGAUGUGGUAGUUUUAAUAUAAACAAGUACACAUAAUUAAAUUUUGCAUUAAGUAUUGAAUUAUUGUUAGCAGUGUAAGGUGUGUUGUUACAUGUAUGCCUAGUGUCCGCUAUUUGUUUUCUCUGGCACUGAUAAUGGGGCAAACUAUUAAGCAAGGAUAUCUUUUCUUACCUGGGUCCCACCAGGCACCUAGCCUCCUUGCAUGCCUUGCAUGGUGAUGCAUGCCUGGCUUCUGCAGAACUGACCCCAAGGUCAUUUAUUCACUGAAUGCAUCAGUUGAGCAUUCUAAGCCAAUGAGUGACUCUGUGCAUAAAAUAUGCACAUUACUGAUAUUAGCCAGCUUGGUACUCUCCUUCUAGGUUGGCUAAUGGAACAGCCAGAGGUGGAAUUAUACCCCUGGUAUCAGUAUAAAAUACCAAACUGAAAUGCUGCACAUACAGCCUCCAAGGACAAUGACCACUUCAAAUCACUGAAAUGGAUGUAAUUCUUAGAAUAACUCUUUAAUAACCCUUUGAUGGAAAAAUGGGUAUUAAACGAUUGGUCCAAGCAAAAGUCAGUGUUUUUGUAAAACACUGCUUUUGGUUAAAGUAAUAUUUGCUCUGCUGGCGUGCCCCCAAAUUGUAAAAAAAUGCACAUACACGUUCCAGUUGAAAUCCAUAAAGUGGUUAUGGUGUUUGGAGUAACACUUUUACUAUUAAAUGUACAUGUUUUCAUUCUACAGAAUAUAACCACCCAUGACUCUGUCCUAGACAUAAUUGAACACUGUGGUGGGUGUUCACAUAUUUUAGUAACAGAACUAACAGCAUUAAAUCUUGUCUGUGACACUAUUGUGGCAGCACCAUCAGUAAAGUAACUUAAGGGGGGUUUAUUAACUAAAACUGGGAGUAGGGAAAGGCUUAGAGAUUGUAUAUAAAAUGGUGGUCAUACUAGUGCUAAUAUUGAAAAGAAGAGUUGCUAAUGUGGUACACAUUUAAAUGUCUCUGUUGGUGAACUAAGAUAUGAGUGAACCAUUUCUGCAGAAGAAUGUCAAGCAAGAAAUUGCUCUGACACUGAAUACUUCAAAAGGGUAACAUCACUUUCUUUUUUGCUGCUGGCACUUGGAUUAGCCCAUUAUGGAUAUAUACUUCCGUUGCUUGUCCUACAUUGACCCUCUGAGUCAAGUUACUUGAAUGAUGAAUGUGCUCACACUGAUAUCAUACAGCUAACAGUCAGUAAUUGUUCUGUUAAUAAAAUGCAAAUUGUGGCACAAGGAAAAGAAACAAAGCCUUAUGAACCAAAUAAUUGUUUCCCUUUAAACUGAUAGUGACAAUGACUCAUUUUUUUUCAUUGCAAUAUUGAAUACAACCAUAAAUGCAUACCACAGAUACAUAUCAUCAUACCUUAUUUCUGAAUAAAGUAAAAUAAAAAAUUGUUUUAUCCAUGCAAUAGUUUGAGAAGGGGUAUCCAGUAAAAUCUGUGAUCGUGUAUUGCUGUACACUGUCAAUUAAUAUUAGUUCACUAUAGAAAAUAACAGGUUAAAGAAGCAAUUGUACAUGUCAAGAUGGGUACUUGCUUUGUUUAUAUGCUUUUUGAAGGGUUACUGGGCAAAGAGGAAGGUUCUAUGUGUCUUUGGUUGAAGUAUAGCCGGAAAGAGCCAGGUGUGCCAAUAUGUUAUCAAAACUAAAGGGCUGCUGCUACUUUUCACACUCAGCAGUUUCCUACACGAAUCACUGUCUGUCUACAAGCCAGAGAUAUCUGGCUAUUGCUUUUCCACCUGCCAUAGUAAUUGUCUGAUGGAAGAUUCAAAAGGAGACAGAUAUUACACUAGACAGGUUUACAUUUCCUUCUCUUAAUAUCGAAAUUAGUGUAAGGUGUUAUACAACAAUUGUUUUGUAAAGUGAUUAAUGAAGCAGUGAUUAACGAAUCAGUGCCUUAUAUCACUAUGACACAGCAACCUUUACACCCGACAUGUCUGCGCGUCUGGUGUUCUCAAACGUUGGUAGCGGAGUUCAACGGGGGACCUGAGUAAGUGAGUUCUAAAGUACUUAUGUACAAUGUGUAUAACUACACUCUUGACCCAAGCAGUUAUAGAGAUAGUUUGGUGCGUUGUGAUACAUUUUUAUGACUUGUGUCAUACAACCUAGCCAUUGAAAGAAGACCUUCAGCAAAGUUCUGGAACUAGUGUUGUUAUUACUGUACAUAUUUGUUGUAGUGUAGUCAUGGAAAGCUGUGCUAUGAGAAUAAGCUAAUAAGCUUGAUAAUGAUCCCUGAAGGGAUUGAAACGUUGCUGUAUCUGUCAUAUUUCUACAAUAAAUCUGCUGAUUUAUAUAAAGACCUUGAGUGCCUGGACUACUGCUGUUACUAUAUGAAAAUAAGCUAGGCAAAAUAUAGUGGUGUGAAAAAUGUUGUGGGCCCUUCCAAAUUAUUAUGCAUAUUAUUAUGCAAUAUAAGAACAAUUAUAUUUCCUCAGAAGUGGUUAUAUGAGAUAAAUUGCUUCCUAGGAAUAAAUGUGCAGCUGAAAUCAACCCAUGAACUAGGAGUACAAAAUCCAUGAGCAGUGGGUACAAAACAGUUCUCCAGGAGGUCAUAAAGAAUGUCAGGAUGGCAGCUCAGAAUGUAACUGCAUCGUGUGCAUUGGUAAAUAUUAGUGUUGAAAAUUCCAACAUGCUAAAAGCAUUGAACACAAGUGAUGUAAAUGGAACAUGCCAAGCAGAAAACCAAUGGUACUCAAAAUAGCUAUAUCACCCAUUUCUAAUGUGCAUGGAUAGCAUGUGAAAUGAUUAUGGGUAAUUUAAAAUCCCUCAUAGCAAAUGUAUUGAAUCUCUGAUGGAGCAAAGAAAGACUAUGUAGUCAUUCUUUGAUUUUCAUGGGCCACAGUACACAAUAACACAGGCCAAUUUAGAUUUUUCCCCCCCCCCCUCUCCAUGUGUUUUCUUUCGUGUUAAACCUUUGUGGAUUUGAGAAAAAAAUCCAAAAAGCUAACACAUGACUUAGCUGGAAUUCAACAUUCCAGUGUAUGCAAUCACUUUAGUCAUGCUCUGAGUCUGGGUAGAUCUGCUUGGCAGUUUUGCUGGCAGCUUUCCAUUCUGGAGUAGAGGGGACAUGCCCCCUUUAUUCAUAGACGGUUAACAAUUUAUACAUUGACAGUUAUGGAAUUUGCCAGUUGCUCCUCAACCCACCUCAAAGAAAGCUCAUUUGGAUUUUUAUAGUGGAGGGAUUGUCUGGGAACCAUCUUACAUUCAGGGGUUAACUGCUUUGCAGUGGUUUAACCACAAAGCUGGAACUACAGCCCCAGCUUCUUUCCUUAUUAUACAUACUAUUUCUUAAUUUAAAAUGACUACUUCCCAAUGGAUGCCCAGUUAUAUCAGAGGCCCCCUUGCUAUACCUUCCUCAUACUGCAGUCGAGUGCAGUAGUAUUGGGUCCCAGAGUCUUAACUUUGCAAUUAAAUUAUUGCAAAACAGGGAUCUGAGGUGCAAAUUGUAUCAGUACUCACCAUCAAUUCAACUGCGCCAAGACAUCUUAGUGUUCCUGUAUUUAGAAGGCAGCUAAGAUUAGGAACAACCAUAAUAACAGGGGAGAUAUAAUGCCUCAACAUGUCUACAUCGACAGGCAGCCUGUAAGUGUUUGUUACAGUUACAUCUUUUUUGACGCUUUGGAAUGUUUUCUAAUUCUUAUGCGGUUUCCAACUGAGUUAUGUUUUACGCCAAAUCAAUAGUGACUGAACCCAUCUACACUUAGAGGAAAGGACUAACUACUCUUACUAAUUACCAAACACUUUAACUCAAGUAAUUUUAUUUACACUUUUCAUUCAAUUUUUUUUUGUUAUAUUAAACCAUUUCACAAAUUAGACUUUCAGUUUAUUUGAAUCAGAUAAAAUAGAUCAAUGUUCUUAUUUAAUCAAUUAUGAUAAUUAUUGACAUAUACAAUAAAACAUCCUAAAACUUUCAGUAGACCUGUGUAUACAGGGAGUGCAGAAUUUAUUAGGCAAGUUGUAUUUUUGAGGAUUAAUUUUAUUAUUGAACAACAACCAUGUUCUCAAUGAACCCAAAAAACUCAUUAAUAUCAAAGCUGAAUAUUUUUGGAAGUAGUUUUUAGUUUGUUUUUAGUUAUAGCUAUGUUAGGGGGAUAUCUGUGUGUGCAGGUGACUAUUACUGUGCAUAAUUAUUAGGCAACUUAACAAAAAACAAAUAUAUACCCAUUUCAAUUAUUUAUUACCAGUGAAACCAAUAUAACAUCUCAACAUUCACAAAUAUACAUUUCUGACAUUCAAAAAACAAAACAAAAACAAAUCAGUGACCAAUAUAGCCACCUUUCUUUGCAAGGACACUCAAAAUCCUGCCAUCCAUGGAUUCUGUCAGUGUUUUGAUCUGUUCACCAUCAACAUUGCGUGCAGCAGCAACCACAGCCUCCCAGACACCGUUCAGAGAGGUGUACUGUUUUCCCUCCUUGUAAAUCUCACAUUUGAUGAUGGACCACAGGUUCUCAAUGGGGUUCAGAUCAGGUGAACAAGGAGGCCAUGUCAUUAGAUUUUCUUCUUUUAUACCCUUUCUUGCCAGCCACGCUGUGGAGUACUUGGACGCGUGUGAUGGAGCAUUGUCCUGCAUGAAAAUCAUGUUUUUUGAAGGAUGCAGACUUCUUCCUGUACCACUGCUUGAAGAAGGUGUCUUCCAGGAACUGGCAGUAGGACUGGGAGUUGAGCUUGACUCCAUCCUCAACCCGAAAAGGCCCCACAAGCUCAUCUUUGAUGAUACCAGCCCAAACCAGUACUCCACCUCCACCUUGCUGGCGCCUGAGUCGGACUGGAGCUCUCUGCCCUUUACCAAUCCAGCCACGGGCCCAUCCAUCUGGCCCAUCAAGACUCACUCUCAUUUCAUCAGUCCAUAAACCUUAGAAAAAUCAGUCUUGAGAUAUUUCUUGGCCCAGUCUUGACGUUUCAGCUUGUGUGUCUUGUUCAGUGGUGGUCGUCUUUCAGCCUUUCUUACCUUGGCCAUGUUUCUGAGUAUUGCACACCUUGUGCUUUUGGGCACUCCAGUGAUGUUGCAGCUCUGAAAUAUGGCCAAACUGGUGGCAUGUGGCAUCGUGGCAGCUGCACGCUUGACUUUUCUCAGUUCAUGGGCAGUUAUUUUGCGCCUUGGUUUUUCCACACGCUUCUUGCGACCCUGUUGACUAUUUUGAAUGAAAUGCUUGAUUGUUCGAUGAUCACACUUCAGAAGCUUUGCAAUUUUAAGAGUGCUGCAUCCCUCUGCAAGAUAUCUCACUAUUUUUGACUUUUCUGAGCCUGUCAAGUCCUUCUUUGACCCAUUUUGCCAAAGGAAAGGAAGUUGCCUAAUAAUUAUGCACACCUGAUAUAGGGUGUUGAUGUCAUUAGACCACACCCCUUCUCAUUACAGAGAUGCACAUCACCUAAUAUGCUUAAUUGGUAGUAGGCUUUCGAGCCUAUACAGCUUGGAGUAAGACAACAUGCAUAAAGAGGAUGAUGUGGUCAAAAUUUGCCUAAUAAUUCUGCACUCCCUGUACUUAUUGUGUGUAUAUGCUGUAUACACUGCUCAAAAGAAUAAAGGGAACACUUAAACAACACAAUGUAACUCCAAGUCAAUCACACUUCUGUGAAAUCAAACUAUCCACUUAGGAAGCAAUACUGAGUGACAAUCAAUUUCACAUGCUGUUGUGCAAAUGGGAUAGACAACAGGUAGAAAUUAUAGGCAAUUAGCAAGACACCCCCAAUAAAGGAGUGGUUCUGCAGAUGGUGACCACAGACCACUUCUCAGUUCCUAUGCUUCCUGGCUGAUGUUUUGGUCACUUUUGAAUGCUGGCGGUGCUUUCACUCUAGUGGUAGCAUGAGACGCAGUCUACAACCCACACAAGUGGCUCAGGUAGUGCAGCUCAUCCAGGAUGGCACAUCAAUGCAAACUGUGGCAAGAAGGUUUGCUGUGAGUGUCAGCGUAGUGUCCAGAGCAUGGAGGCGCUACCAGGAGACAGGCCAGUACAUCAGGAGACGUGGAGGAGGCCAUAGGAGGGCCACAACCCAGCAGCAGGACCGCUACCUCAGCCUUUGUGCAAGGAGAAACAGGAGGAGCAAUGCUAGAGCCCUGCAAAAUGACCUCCAGCAGGCCACAAAUGUGCAUGUGUCUGCUCAAACGGUCAGAAACAGACUCCAUGAGGGUGGUAUGAGGGCCCGACAUCCACAGGUGGGGGUUGUGCUUACAGCCCAACACCGUGCAGGACGUUUGGCAUUUCCCAGAGAACACCAAGGUUAGCAAAUUCACCACUGGCACCCUGUGUUCUUCACAGAUGAAAGCUGGUUCACACUGAGCACAUGUGACAGACGUGACAGAGUCUGGAGACGCCGUGGAGAACGUUCUGCUGCCUGCAAUAUCCUCCACCAUGACCGGUUUGGCAGUGGGUCAGUAAUGGUGUGGGGUGGCAUUUCUUUGGGGGGGUCGCACAGCCCUCCAUGUGCUCACCAGAGGUAGCCUGACUGCCAUUAGGUACCGAGAUGAGAUACUCAGACCCCUUGUGAGACCAUAUGAUGGUGCGGUUGGCCCUGGGUUCCUCCUAAUGCAAGACCUCAUGUGGCUGGAGUGUGUCAGCAGUUCCUGCAAGACGAAGACAUUGAUGCUAUGGACUGGCCCGCCCGUUCCCCAGACCUGAAUUUAACAGAAUUGUUUUCUUUAUGCGACAACUUUAAUGGCACAAGUGAAUGAUAUAAAGUACACUUUGUUCCACUUAAUAAAAAAUAGACAUUGGAUCUAAUUUUGAAUGUUGCAGAAUAGGAUUAGUUUACAAACAACGCAUGCUUCUAAUUAAUACAAAUAACAAUGAGACUUAAUAUUAAAAAUAUACCACAGGCUUGGGUUGAUCAUUAUGCAUGAGAAGUCUGUUUCCCGCAGCCGUUGCAAGUAACUGCGAUGGGAAUUGGCAAAAGUUGAUGUUAACCUCAGUCAUCUUAGGCUUUGACCAUUAGACAAAUAGUUUCCGAAUUUGUCUAAUAUAUUUUGAUUGCAAUUAAAGCUUAAGGUUCAGUGAUGUAUGGACAUAUAAAUGCCACUUUUAAGCUCAAUUGAACGUUUUAAGAAUUGUUAUUGUUUAUAAGUUGUUUUGUCCACAGUGUUUUUAAGAUUUUUUAUUUUUAUUUUGGUUGCGCCUAUUUCCAUGGCUGAAGAUAACACGCAAUAGCAUUGUUUGCCUUGAUAGAUAUUCAAGUUAACAGUAAGUAGAUAAUUCAAAGUGAUUUUAAAGUAGCUGAACUGAAUGCAUAGCUGACUUAGAGAAUUUUUCACAGUUUAGCUAUUUAGACCUUAAAUUUCACUUUGCAUUCUCUUUGAAAUCUCACGUUAAAGGAACACUAUAGUCGCCUAAAUUACUUUAGCCAUAUAAAGCAGUUUUAGUGUAUAGAUCAUUCCCUUGCAAUUUCACUGCUCAAUUCACUGUUAUUUAGGAGUUAAAUCACUUUGUUUCUGUUUAUGCAGCCCUAGCCACACCUCCCCUGGCUAUGAUUGACAGACCCUGCAUGAAAAAAAUCUGGUUUCACGUUCAAACAGAUGUAAUUUACCUUAAAUAAUUGUAUCUCAAUCUCUAAAUUGAACUUUAAUCACAUACAGGAGGCUCUUGCAGGGUCUAGUAAGCUAUUAACAUAGCAGGGGAUAAGAAAAUCGUAAUUAAACAGAACUUGCAAUAAAGAAAGCCUAAAUAGGGCUCUCUUUACAGGAAGUGUUUAUGGAAGGCUGUGCAAGUCACAUGCAGGGAGGUGUGACUAGGGUUCAUAAACAAAGGGAUUUAACUCCUAAAUGGCAGAGGAUUGAGCAGUGAGGCUGCAGGGGCAUGUUCUAUACACCAAAACUUCUUCAUUAAGCUAAAGUUGUUUAAGUUUCUGGCUAAUCCUUGUCCCCAUAUAUGGGGCUAUGUUAGCCCUAGAAUUUAAAGGUUGUUAAUCAACAAGAGGUGGAUUGCUAUAAAGCACCCUCUUAUUUUGGGGACAAUAUUAGUACACAUGGAACAAUAUAUACUGGAAUACAUUGGAUCAACAUGGAAUAAAUGGGGAAAAACUUCCUGUUUUACAUAUUCAAACACAUUAUUAGUUGGAUUCAGUGGCAACUCUAGGAACAAUAAAUGGGAGAGGCACAUAAUAUACCACAUUUAAAACUAAUAAUUUCUACUUGAGGGGGUAACAUGUCACCAUUGGCUGUCUGGCACCAGCUUGUUAUGCAUGCUGGUAUUAGACACCAAAUUUUCACAGAGUUCACAUUAGAAUUAUUGUUAUGGCCUGGCUAAUAACACUCCUUAAUUUUGAUCUUACAACUAUUCAGUAAAGAACUCCUCUUUUUGCUAUAUUUAUGUAGGAUUGUCAUAUUUAAGGAUACCAAAUGAGAGAGCUAUCUGUUAAAUCAAUUUUUCUGGGUAGGUAGGUAGAGGAAACUGCACUCACCAGGCUGCAAAUGUGCACCGGAUCCAAGGAUGGCCAAACCCCACUUUAGAUAUAUGAAAUAUAUACAUACACUCAAGGUAAUUUUAUAAAAUUGCUUUACUGGAGCAAAAACAGCAACAUUUCUACCCAGCGAGUCUUUUUAAGCUACUGCAUUAUUUCAACAGUGACCAUGAAAUGGUAUUUAAUGGUCACUUUUGCAAUAACGUGGUUGCUUGACAGAGACCCGCUGUAUCAAAAUGUUGCAGUUUUUGCAUCAAUAAAGUUUGUUUUUUUGUAUCAUAUUGAGUGCCUGAUCACUAUUUUAUUUCAUAAACCAAUAUUUUUGGGCAGAGAAUGCACCUGUUGUGUUGAUAGGCAGUUGCCUACUCUGCCAUGUAUGAGUGCCCCCUGAGUGCUAGUGCUUUGGGUGCAGGAUAAGGAUUAAUCUAGGGAGGCAGUGGCUCCCCUUACCCUCCCUUUCCUCCUUCCCCCAUAUCAUCACCAUAGGUUGAAAUACUGUUUUCUUCUCUGUAACUUCAUUAUUCAGCAUAUAAUAUAUCUAUUACUUGGUAGUGAAGGAGUUAAUUAGUAGAUUUAGUUUAAAUAAUAUUUAAACUCCCUAAACCUGCAGUUGUUUAGAAAUAACAAGGGAAUUACAGAAAACAAAAUCCCCAGUUCUGCUAAUUCUAAAUGUCAGAGAUUUUUACCUCAGAUUUCUCCUUUUACUUCCCUAACAUUGAUUAAUUAUGCAUGACCAACCCAUUACAUGAUUUGUAGUUUAUGUAAAUUAAUAACAGCUAACAAAUACUUAGCAUAUUCUUUGCUUUUUUAUUAUCUUAUUAUUAUUGCACAGAAAAUGUACAGAGCCUGCAUAAAUGUGACAUUAUCAAUGGACUAAACUGUAAUUUUAACAUAGAGUGUCCUAAAAAAAAAAAUAUAUAUUCACACCAUUAAAACAUAUUAAAACUCUAAACUUUGUAAACUAGAGAUAUUGCUCAUUAUUUUUGUUAAAAUCUUAGUUUUCAGGAGUCUGUACAGCUGUUGCUUUUUGGUUGAUGUGCAAAUUUGAAUAAUUUAUAAGUGCAUUACACUUAAAGGAUUAGUAGUACAAACGUACUUCAUAUAACAUGUUUUGUGUUUUUCUUUAAAUUGUGCAUAUUUAAAAGUUGUCGUUAUAAAAAAAAAAAAAAAUUCUGCACAGACAAGAUACAAAUGUAUGUACCAGUAGAAUACAUGUCAAAUAUUGUUACAACAUACCACCCACUAACAUCUGUUCAUUUUAGAUACAUUGGAGUAAUUACAGAUCAGAUAGCAUGUCAAAAUUCUGAAAAAUGGGGGUCUACACGUGCAUGUCAUUUUUUUAUUCAACAUACCAUGAAUACCUCCAAACAAAUCACUGACUAUAACUGACAAAGUAAUUUAGAACCUGAGGCGCAGUGUUGCUAAAUGAACUGUUUUCCUGAGAUUCUUAGCUCUAGUUUGGUCUUGCUAUUCCCAGAAUAGAUCUAGAGUCUGCUUGAAUCUUUUUUAUAUAUAUAUAUAUAUAUAUAUAUAUAUAUAUAUACACACACAAACAAAACAGACAUAUGGCUCUCACAAUACUUGUAUAAGAUAUUUUGCUAGGCUUUCUACAAAAUGCUAAAUUAUGGCGAAUUCCAGUAAAGGAUAGUGAACAUGUAUCAAUAUUGAGGUAUAUUAUAUAUUUUAUACUAACAAUAAAAUAAACUUUAAAGUACCAUGAGAGGACUGGAUUAAAUACUGGAGUCUACACUCAUGGAUUAGGCUGCACCACGUAGUCUAGUGAUAGGUAACUCACUUCCAGUUGUUUCAUCCCUAGCUUUGUGUGGAAAUCUAUAGUAGUUACAGUAGGUCCCCGAUAAAUACAAGGUAAGAAGAACAAUAACAUAAACAAAUAAAGACACAGACACUGAAAUGGGACCUAAUAGCAUAUUAGUUGAAACAAUUCGAGGAGAUCCACCCUACUUUUAUAAUCCAAGGUGCUCAAAGCUGUCAAAUCGUCAACAUACAAAUAAACAAGGAAGAAUGAUCAAGACACUCAAGGUAGAAUAACUGACAGGUUUGUUGAAGGUAGAAUCUGCCAGUUAGUCUACCUUAAAGGGACACUACAGGCACCCACACCACUUCAGCUCAUUGAAGUGGUCUGGGUGCAGUGUCCCAGGUUCCUUAACCAUGCAAAGGUAAUUAUUGCACAAUCAUCUAGACAGACUACUGGGAAAAACUAAUUUGUUUUCCUGGCACUAUAGUUUCCCUUUAAGUGCCUGGAUCAUCCUUCUUUAUUCACUGAAAUAUCAGGGAUAACUUUGGUCAUUGGUAAGCUAAACUUGCCAUCACUCCCUAUGCUCAGCCAACGCUUUAGAUUAACUAAAAGCUAAAUUUAAAAAGUAAAGCAGAAGAUAAAAUGUGUUUGCCAAAAAAAAAAAAAAAUCGUUUGGGUGGAUCAUAGUUCAUCCAUGUGGUGUUUCAGUUAGGACGAAUUUUGUCCAUGCAAAUGCUUUGUGAAAAGCUAUUGAGAUGAACCAAGAGACGGGGAAAAUGGGCCAAUCGGUUUACUGAUCAUCUGGUUUACAGAUUGUAAACUCAUUUGAGUAGGCCCUUCUUCACCUCUUGUUUCUUUUAGCAUUCUGUAUGUCAAUUACUUGUUGUCAUAUAUUCCAUUCUACAAUUUUAAAGUGUUACAGAAUACAUAACUACUAUGUAAAUACUACCACUACUAUUACUACUACUACUAAUAAUAAUACAAUUGAGAAGUAACCAAUAGAGUGGGGGCAAAUAAGGAGCAGUAAUACAAAUUCACAUUUAUAUAAAUAUAUAAAUCUAGAUUAUUUUUUUUUACUGCUCCUCCUUAUGCUCCCCUAUUACUUACACUCUUGAUUUAUGAAUAAAAUUAAAAUUUUAUGUCCCCUAACCCAAAUCAAUCAUUAUUGUUCUAAGCAGUCAUCUCCAAAUUGCAAAAAAAAAACACCUUCAUCUAUUGUCUGCUUUAUUUGUUUCAUGAUUCAGUUAUGUGGUGAUUCCAAGUUAUGGAAUGUGGAUGACCCGCUGAUGCACUAUAUCCAUUUCAUCUCUUUAAAUUGGUUAUAGCGCUUGGAGUUCACUAGUACUACCCCUCUAUUCAGUGUUAAACACAUUUUGUGCAUAGUAACACUAAUUAAGGGUCCCCGGACACCUAUAGUUUGACCCCCACUGGAAGUAUGACUAAAGCAGAGAAUACACACUUCCUUUUAGCCAUACCAAUUCAUACCAGCAAUGGUGGCUGUGACAGGCUGAAAGCAGUCAGCUGAUACUCUCAGCCAAUCACCGCCAUUAAAACAUAAAAAAUGGCUUAUCAAUGAUUGGAAGAACAGGGCUCCGGACACUAUUACAACUUCAAUGAGAUGAAAAAUUAGAUGAGUUACAUUGCCUACCGCCAACCUUUAAGAAUCCAGCCAGUUAUACAAAAUCUGUGUUUAGAUAACUGCUAGAGAUGUUACUUGGUGACUAAUUUAAUGUCUGGAAGAAAUAGAACAAUUUUAGUUUCAUUGAGGUUUUUCAAGAGACUUUUUGCACUUUGUGGCAGAGUCUUAAUUUGAAAUUGAUUUUAAGGUUGCUGCGCCCUCUGAAGGCAUGAGCCGCCUAUGGUGUUUAUGGCAUAAUAUGCACUGCAUUAGGACUAAGUACUAUAAUCCAAAGCUAAUAAUAGUUAUUCAGAUUCCAUGGUAAACUCUUACAGUCUUAGUAACUACUACUACUACUAAUAAUAAUAACUAACCAUACUGUACAACUAAAACUUGUUAAAAAUAACUUCAAUAUGCCAUUCACUUUUACAUGAACAAGUGAAUGCGCAUUUAUUGCAUGUAUGCAAUGCAAACCCUCCACCCGAACUAAAAUAUAAAGCCUUUAAGAAAACAAGGACUUCUAGAGAGCCAUAAAACAAUUGGCUCCUGCCAUUCUGCUGUUUAAAGUGACUGGAGAGUAAGCCAUUUCAGUCAUAUAUAUUUUGUUUUUCAAUAUUCACAGCCUAGUUAACAAUGGUGUUUUUGGUUGCUAUGCUAGUACAAAACUAUUUUUUAUUUUUUUUUGAGUUUGUAAUUUUACUAACCAGUGUAAAAAUUACCUUGAUGUUAAUGUUUAUGUAAUAAUUCACUGAAGCAGAACUGUUACAAAGUGAUAAUUUCUUAUUGCCUCUACCCUGUAAAUUCUAUAGGCCUGCCUACAGGAAUCUGUCUACUUGGGCUACCUACUUUUUCAACGAAUGUGUUCUUUUCAUCUUGAGACAUAGAGUUAGGUCCGGAAAUAUAUGGACAAUGACACAAUUUUCAUAAUUUUGCCUCUGUACGUCACCACAAUGGAUUUGAAGUGAAACCAUCGGGAUGCAAUUGAAGUACUCUUAGCUUUAAUUCAAAGGAUUAAACAAAUGCAUCGUAUAUGAAAUGUUUAGGAAUUGCAGCCAUUUUCAUACACAGUCCCCUUAUUUCAGGGGCUUAAAUAUAAUUGAACAAAUUAAAACUAUCAUAAAUAAAAUGUACAUUUUUAUACUUUGUUAAGGAUAUUUUGCAGGCAAUGGCUGAUUGAAGUCUAGAACGCAUGGACAUCACCAAACGCUGGGUGUCCUCCUUUGUGAUUCUUUGCCAGGCCUUUACUGCAGGUGUUUUCAGUAGUUGUUUGUUCGUGGGGCUUUCUGUCUUAAGUUUUGUCUUUAGUAAGUGAAAUGCAUGCUCGAUCAGGUUGUGAUCAGGCAAUUGACUUGGCCAUUGCAGAAUAUUCCACUUCUGUGCCUUAAAAAAACUCCUGGGUUGCUUUUGUAGUAUGUUUUGGGUCAUUGUCCAUCUGUAAAGUGAAGCGCCGUCUGAUCAACUUCGAUGAAAUUAGCUGAAUCUGAGCAGACAAUAUAUCCCUAAACGCUUCAGAUUACAUACGGCUGCUUCAGUUUUCUGUCACAUCAUCAAUUAACAUUAGUGACACAGUGCCAUUGGAAACCAUGCAUGCCCAUGCCAUCACAGUGCCUCCACCGUGUUUUACAAAUGAUGCGGUAUGGUUUGGAUCAUGAAGUCUUCUCCAUCCUUUUUUCUUCCCAUCAUUCUGGCAAAGGUUGAUCUUAGUUUCAUCUGUUCCAAAAUUGGGAUUGCUAUUUUAGAUGUGUUUUGGCAAAGUCUAAUCUGGCCUUUCUAUGCUUGAGGUUUAUUACUGGUUUGCACCUUGUGGUGAACUGUCUGUGAUUGCUGUCUGUGAUUGCUGUCGUGGAGUUUUCUCUUUCUGGUAGACUUGAAUAAUGAUAUGCCUACCACCUGGAGAGUGUUCUUCACUUGACUGGAUGUUGUGAAGGGGUUUGUCUUUACCAUGGACAGGAUCCUACAAUCAUCCGCCACUGUUGUUUUCCGUCCUUUUAAUGCUGCGGAGCUCACCAAGGCAUUUUUUUUUCUCAGAAUGUGCCAAACUGUUUGGCCACUCCUGCUAUUUCUCUGUUGGAUUUGUUUUGGAGCCUAAGGAUGGCCUGUUUCACUUGCAUUGAGAGCCCAUUUGACUGCAUGUUGUGGGUUAACAGCAACAGAAUCAACUCUAGACCUUUUACCUGCUUAAUUGAUGAAGAAAUAAUGAGGGAAUAUCCCACACCUAUCAAUGAAACAGCUUGCCUGACUGUAUGUUGGCAAAUAUGGUAAUUGCAUAUUUUUUUCAUUUUCAGAGAGACGGGAUGAUACAAGCUUCCUGACUCUCUAGUUCAUCCUCCAAAUCAUAGACAACUGGUUUUUUUUGGUAUGGGAGUGGGGAGGAUGAGAAUUUCAUGCCUACAUGGCUUCAUUGCAUUAAUAUGGUUAUAGUGUCUAGAUUCCCUGUGUGCCGUUAUUCUAUGUAAACAGUUUUAACAAGUGUCAGCUGACUUUUUUUUGCCUAUCACUAUCACCCAUGGACUGAUAUGGCUAAAAAAAAAGUAAUCCGGGCUGCUAUUUCGACUAGGGAAACCCACUGCUUGAAAAUGGUUUAACACUAUAUGAAGGGACUGCCCAAGUGAAGUCCAGGCAUAAUAACGAUUAAAUAAAAUGAGACAAUUAGAUAAAAUAAUUAAAGUGCCUACAGUGUCCCUUUAAUUUAUGAGACUGGAAAAUGAGACCUGCUUGAAUAACAAAUGGUAAUAAAAAGUUACGUGGUGUCCCAACAUGUUUAGUUAAUUUAUUAGUGACACAUUGAGCUUAUUAUCCUGUUAACAAAAAAUUCACACAUGGUGCAUGAAACAUAGUUGACAUUUAUUUUAGCUCUGAUUUUAGUCACUGAUACAUGUGUGGUCCAGUUCCAUCCACAGCUCUCAUUACGCAAGAAAGUAUAUACAUUUUUCAAGCAGCUUAAAUAAGUCUAUAUAAAUAUAGGAUUUUUGUUGUCUUAUAUUCUCCUUCAAACUUAUUGAUGCUGGUAUAAAGCCUGUUUAACUUGCUGAGAUGAAUAGCAUUAGCAGAAGACAUACCCCCUGUUCUCUACUGGGAUGGAGAUAAAGUGGAACUCAAUUAGGAGGACACAGAAAAAAACACUCAAUUGCAAAUCUAGAGUGAAAUACAGGGAGUGCAGAAUUAUUAGGCAAAUGAGUAUUUUGACCACAUCAUCCUCUUUAUGCAUGUUGUCUUACUCCAAGCUGUAUAGGCUCGAAAGCCUACUACCAAUUAAGCAUAUUAGGUGAUGUGCAUCUCUGUAAUGAGAAGGGGUGUGGUCUAAUGACAUCAACACCCUAUAUCAGGUGUGCAUAAUUAUUAGGCAACUUCCUUUCCUUUGGCAAAAUGGGUCAAAAGAAGGACUUGACAGGCUCAGAAAAGUCAAAAAUAGUGAGAUAUCUUGCAGAGGGAUGCAGCACUCUUAAAAUUGCAAAGCUUCUGAAGCGUGAUCAUCGAACAAUCAAGCGUUUCAUUCAAAAUAGUCAACAGGGUCGCAAGAAGCGUGUGGAAAAACCAAGGCGCAAAAUAACUGCCCAUGAACUGAGAAAAGUCAAGCGUGCAGCUGCCACGAUGCCACUUGCCACCAGUUUGGCCAUAUUUCAGAGCUGCAACAUCACUGGAGUGCCCAAAAGCACAAGGUGUGCAAUACUCAGAGACAUGGCCAAGGUAAGAAAGGCUGAAAGACGACCACCACUGAACAAGACACACAAGCUGAAACGUCAAGACUGGGCCAAGAAAUAUCUCAAGACUGAUUUUUCUAAGGUUUUAUGGACUGAUGAAAUGAGAGUGAGUCUUGAUGGGCCAGAUGGAUGGGCCCGUGGCUGGAUUGGUAAAGGGCAGAGAGCUCCAGUCCGACUCAGACGCCAGCAAGGUGGAGGUGGAGUACUGGUUUGGGCUGGUAUCAUCAAAGAUGAGCUUGUGGGGCCUUUUCGGGUUGAGGAUGGAGUCAAGCUCAACUCCCAGUCCUACUGCCAGUUCCUGGAAGACACCUUCUUCAAGCAGUGGUACAGGAAGAAGUCUGCAUCCUUCAAGAAAAACAUGAUUUUCAUGCAGGACAAUGCUCCAUCACACGCGUCCAAGUACUCCACAGCGUGGCUGGCAAGAAAGGGUAUAAAAGAAGAAAAUCUAAUGACAUGGCCUCCUUGUUCACCUGAUCUGAACCCCAUUGAGAACCUGUGGUCCAUCAUCAAAUGUGAGAUUUACAAGGAGGGAAAACAGUACACCUCUCUGAACAGUGUCUGGGAGGCUGUGGUUGCUGCUGCACGCAAUGUUGAUGGUGAACAGAUCAAAACACUGACAGAAUCCAUGGAUGGCAGGCUUUUGAGUGUCCUUGCAAAGAAAGGUGGCUAUAUUGGUCACUGAUUUGUUUUUGUUUUGUUUUGAAUGUCAGAAAUGUAUAUUUGUGAAUGUUGAGAUGUUAUAUUGGUUUCACUGGUAAUAAUAAAUAAUUGAAAUGGGUAUAUAUUUGUUUUUUGUUAAGUUGCCUAAUAAUUAUGCACAGUAAUAGUCACCUGCACACACAGAUAUCCCCCUAACAUAGCUAUAACUAAAAACAAACUAAAUACUUCAGCUUUGAUAUUAAUGAGUUUUUUGGGUUCAUUGAGAACAUGGUUGUUGUUCAAUAAUAAAAUUAAUCCUCAAAAAUACAACUUGCCUAAUAAUUCUGCACUCCCUGUAGAGACUUUAAUUCUACAGCAGUGUCAUUUUGCUGUCUAUUUUCUUGGGUAUAAGUCUUAACAGUCAUACUAGCACAUAUCAUUUAGGUCUGUCUUUUUAAAGAAUCAUAGCAAACAAAUGGCAUCUGGACUGUAAUGACAGUGAGGAUGUUUAUAUUAAAGGACCACUAUAGUGCCAGGAAAACAUAAUCGUUUUCCUGGCACUAUAGUGCCCUGAGGGUGCCCCCACCCUCAGGGUCCCCCUCCCGCCGGGCUCUAGGGGGAGGAAGGGGUUAAACUUACCUCUUUCUCCAGCACCGGGCGGGGAGCUCUCCUCCUUCUCUCCGCCUCCUCUCCUCCUCUUUGGCUGAAUGCGCAUGCGCGGCAGGAGCUGCGCGCGCAUUCAGCCAGUCCAUAGGAAAGCAUUCACAAUGCUUUCCUAUGGACGCUGGCGUCUUCUCACUGUGAAAAUCAGAGUGAGAAGCACGGAAGCCCUCUAGCUGCUGUCAAUGAGACAGCCACUAGAGGCUGGAUUAACCCAUUUAUAAACAUAGCAGUUUCUCUGAAACUGCUAUGUUUAUAGAAGAAAGGGUUAAACCUAGCUGGACCUGGCACCCAGACCACCUCAUGAAGCUGAAGUGGUCAGGGUGCCUAUAGUGGUCCUUUAAUUUCAACGUGCAGACUGGGUUAUUAUGUUUAUGUGGCCAACUCUGCUAAAAUGUGCUGUCCACCUACAUAAUUACAAAAGGUAAUGUUGCAUCAAAUUGAAUCCUAUUUUCCCCAAUGUAACUUGCAUUUUUUUUUUUAAAACAUGUCUGCUUACAUUACCAUUAAGGAAGAAGCUUCCAUUGUUGAACAUUAAAGUCAAGUAGAUGAAGCCUUGUUUGCCAUAUGGUAUGAAGUAUUGGCUAAUGCAUGUCACUAAAACAACAGAGGGUUGCACGUCUCAUGGUGGUCAGCCAUAAAAGGCAUGAUAAAACGGCUGCUGAGGGGAUCAGGAGAGCUAUUAACAGGGGGAAUGCAUAAAUCAUUAUUCUAAAAACUAAAAUAGUGCACUGGCUGGUGGUUUUGGAGGGCUGGCAACCCUUGGUUUGAAGAAUAAGUACAAAUUAAUAACCUUUUUUGAGAACAAAAUCUUACGUGAAUUGUCCAAUUCAGUGGAUUAUGUCAAAUUUGAGAUUGACAGAGGAUGCUACAUUUGAAUAGUGUGAUAUAAUAUAUAUACAGAUGUAAUCAAAAUUAUUCAACCCACAUUGAAAAUCAAGUUAAUUUAAAUUUACAGACUUCCAGCUGUUUGCAAUGAACAAAUCAAACAAAAUCAAUUAAAGUAGCUCAACACAAUGAAUGCUUCAGGUGGUUUCCCCAAAUCCAAUUUUUAAUGACUUCUCCAGUUUCAAAACUACUCAACCACUUCAUCGCAAGCAUCUUUAAUACUAAGUAGAACACACUUUUGCUCUUAUGAUCUGCUGCAAAUGAGAUGCAUAGCUAGGCAUCAACUUCUGGCAGUGUUCCUGAGGAAUCUUGUUCCAUGAGCAAUGGCCCCAGUGCAGUAAUAUUUGUAGGUUUGCGUGCUACAGCUGCCUUCUUCAAAUCCCACCAGAGAUUUUCUAUGGGGUUCAAGUCAGGUGACCAUGGUGGCCACUGUAGAAUUUUCCAGGACUUCUUCUGCAACAAAGCCUUGAUGGCAUUUGAGGUUGUCAGGGUUUCUCUGCUUUAUAUAACAGCAGCCCUUUCUUACACUGUGUCUGGGCUGUUCAGCUGUUUUAAUGAUCAACUCCUUUCAUAACUGUUGUCAUGGUUACUCCCCUGGUGGCUAUUAGCUAGCCCCUUUUGCUACUCAGUACAGGCUCUUUAAGUCACAAGUCUUAGUACCUACCUCCUAGUCAUUGCAUUUUUUUUCCAGUUUCCAAGACUGAUUCCUGUGUUUACCUUGUUUGGCUGUCUUCCCUUCUGGUUUCUGAAUUCACUGAUCUCUGUUCACCUUACUCCAAUUCGCUUGAUUUCCCGUUUUGGUUCCUGACCCCAGCUUGCCUCCUGGACUUUACAUUCUGUCUCUUGUCUGGUUCCUGGUCUCUAACAGAGGUAUGCUUAAGAUCAUUGUCUUGUUGGAAGGUUCAAGGACCACCAAGCUUCUGCUUCCUCACAGACAGCAUGAUGUCUUAUCCUAGGAUUUCCUGAUACAUUAAUGAAUCCAUCUUGCCUUCCACAUGCUGCAGGGUUCCAGUGCCAGAGAAUGCAAAGCAGCCUUAUAGCAUCACCAAACCACAACCAUGUUUAAUUGUUGGCAUAGUGUUCUUUUCAGCAUAUGCUUCAUUCUUCUUCUUCCCGACAUACCGCUGAUCUAUUUGGCAAAAAAGUUCAAGUUUUGUUUCAUUGCUCCAAAGAACAGAAUCCCGUCUGUCUGUGGCUUAUUAAUAUAAUUUAGGGCAUAUUGGAGCUGACUUUUCUUGUGCGUUUGGGUCAGCAUUGUGUACGUUUUGGAGUUCUGGCAUGGAAACCUUCUAUGUUUAGUACGCACCUUACUGUGCACACUGAAAACUCAGUGCGUGUUGCCACCUAGUCUUACUGCAGGUCUUUUGCAGUUAUUCGAGGGUUUUUUACAACCUGCCUUCUCAGAAAUCUGGUUGCAGUAAUUUUUCUGCCCCGUCCAGGUAGUGUAACCACAGUUCCUUCAACUUGCAAACUAUGCUUCCAAUGGUGUCUCUAGAAACAUUCAGUGCAUUCGUUAUCUUUUUGUAUCCUGUACCUUGUUUGUGAAGGACAAUGAUGUCUUCUCUUUGAGGACCAUUCUUUUGACUUAGCCAUAUUUCUAAUAUGCAAUCAAAUGUGACACUCAACAAAAUAUAUAAAUGUUACUGAACAUAUGUUAAACCAGGCAAAUGAUAACUUAGUGAGAAGGCUAUUAUUAUAAUGUGAUGUAGACUUAAAUAAGACACCUGAUCUCUCUGUUAAAUCAAUAUAAAAAUGCAAUUUCGCAAACACAAAUACAUUAUUCAAGAAAGGUCUUUCCACUUAUAUUAGGCAUUUUUGUGUUUACAUUAAUUAUUUUUAAAACUAAAAGGAAAAUCAAAUUCUUUCAAACAUAGUUUGCUUUAAUCUUCUUUCUAAAAUCUGCACAAUGAUGACUACAGUGAUUAAACCCCUUAAUAAAACUAAGUGCAGAAAUCCCAAAGCAGUAAGCAAGAUUUGUAAUACCAAGUUCAAGAAAUAAAUUGCUCAUAAAGAGUAAAGUCCAAUCAGCACUCACCGAGACUCACAACUGCCCCAAACAUUAAACAAUAUGGUGUGUGGUGUGGAUAUUAAAAAAGGCAGCUGGGGAUAAGUCAUCCAACUAGCAAAGGUGUAUCCUGCUAAUUCCUUCUGUUUCCACCAUAUGUAUAGCAGAUUGGUUUAACGUAGUGGUAAAAAGGAACAGGGCAACUGCAGAUUUACCAACUCUUCCCAUCCUGUACUUGUUGGUAAUAUGCAUGCAAUUAAAGGGAUACUUUAGUGCCUGGAAAACAACCCAAUUUGCCUGGCACUAUAGGCUCCUGGUCCUUGAGUUCCCCCCUCCCUUGGGCCCUCCCCCCGCCAAUUAACUGAAUCCAGCGUCAAUGUCCCUCCUCGGUGCUGGAUCAGGCUCUGCCCAUGCCCCCCCCUUGCGCAUUUGAACUCCCCAUAGGAAAGCAUUGUUCAAUGCUUUCCUAUGGGGAAAAUCUGACACUGGAGGUCCUCAUGCAUUGACACAUGUCCAGCGUCAGAUAAUGGACUAAAAGUCUGUUUGAAACCCGGAAGCCCUCUAGUUGCUGUCUGGUAGACAGCCACAGAGGGCAGGCUUAGAGCUGCAAUGUAGCACUGAUUGCAAAAGGGUCACAGCACCCAGACUACUUCAAUUUGCUGAAGUGGUCUAGGUGCCUACAGUGUGCCUUUAAAGCAUAAACAUGAUGAAUUACAUACCAACACAUCCUCAUUAUUAAAUUCAGUACUCUACUAUAUGCUAGUUUCAGUGCCUGUUCCCCUGACACAGUAAUCAUUAUUUGGCAAGUCAAGUAUCCGAUGUCCAUCCCCUGUGCUAUAAAUUGAAUUUAACAUUCCAUAGGAAGCCCCCGUCAUGCCCCUACAUAUUAAUGGAGAAAGAGAGAAAGAAAGAGAGAAAGAAAGAGAGAACGUUUUCACUUUAAUGACCCUAAAGAACAUACCAAAGCAUAUUAAACCAUAUCAAAAAGUAACACAAAGAAAGAAAAAGUUAUACACAGAAUAUAAAAUAUUCAGUUACUCUUUACUAAAUUAAAGUGCAUUGUUCAUAGCAGACAUUUACAUAGCAGACAUUCACUUUAAAAGUUAAAAAUAUUUUUGAGCAGUUUGACAAAAUCACUGAGCAUGAGAGAGCAGUUCAUGGCUUAAAGAACUGAAGAUGUGUUUGCCCAGUGGGUUGGACAGUUAAUGUGGAAGUGAAAUGUCUGCAUCGUCUGAGCCUCAAAUGAGCUUCAAAUCAGUGAGAACCCUAUUUUUGUCAAACUGCUCAAUAAUGGUUUCAAAAUAUAAAAACAGGGAAUGACACUCAAACACUCCUUAAAACAAAACUACUACAGUGAACUGUGAAAUACAGUUUAAAGGGACACUCAACAAACCAAAUGUUAAAUAAAUAAUAACACCACUGUUUAGUAAAUAUAUCUCCAUUUAAUUAUGCAUUAUUUUAAAUUGGGGUGUUUCUAAAAACAGCUUGCAAAAGCUUAAGAUAUCUUGACUGAAACCUUUUGCAAGACUUCCCCUUCUAACCCAGCCUAGACUUUCUGUGGCUGCACAACUACAGACUUACUUAUUAAAACAAAUUUGCAGGCAGGUGCUCUGAGUAAUUGCUUGCCUCCAUUGAGCUAAGAAACCAGGAAUUAAUCGAUUCACAGCCAAGGUUAAUUAACAAUGUUAAUUUAUAAAAGUGGCAAUUUUUAUAGCAAUCUGCACUUUUUGCAAAAAAUGAAAAAGCACUUCUUGAAGCUAAAGUGCUUUAAAGGGAGUGUGCGUGUAAGUCCAUAAAGCAAUCUAAUAAAUAGAUCACCAGUCUUAAUUACUAUAUAUCAGAACUUGACAUUGUAUUACAAUAUUAUAGACCUGAGAAUUGCCAGAGCCAAAACUCAUAAAAGAAAAUGAAUGUACAUUUUUUUUCAGUAUAGGGAUCUGUCACAAACGUACCUGUUCCUGGAGGCCGCAAUACUCCACUCAUCGGGAUGCAGAAACAAAACGCCUUGCGUGACCGUGAUUCUCCCAUCCCCUGUUUGCACAGCCCAAAUGCUCCACAGGGCUUGAACAGAGAAUACUUACCAUUUGGCCAGGCGAACAGCUUCCUCUGCUGGUUCCAAAGGCCAAAGUCCUCUUCCCCACAUUAUAUUAGAUGCUGCUCGCUUGAAUAAAUUCAAAUGUUGUGAUGUCACAUCUGCCCUUAAAUUGACCACAUCAUCCAGGUGACCCCAUUAUCAAACAUUUGGACUCUCAGAGAUGACGCGGACCAAUCAGAAACAUUGUUAGCCUAUAUAGUGUUAGUUUAGGCCCUUUUUACUUGUCCUAUCAUGGUUUCUGCCUUGAUACAUGUUAGUGCUCACAGUAAGUCUCUCUUGAUAUAUUUUGAUAUUGAUCUCUGAUUGUAUUUGACUUUGUGUAAUUCUGGUAUCCUGACAUGACUGGUUAUUACGUUUAUUUCUAUAAUCCUCACCUUGGAUACGUCUAUCUAGAACAUCUGUUUCUGAGAUUCGCCAUUCCUUUAAGUUGGGGCGUGACGCCAGUGACAGUAUCAUAAGUCUCCAGUACUACAGACCCAGAACACAAGAACCUGGCAACUGGGAAUUAUUGUAAUAAGGUGAAGAUCUUGAGACAAGCAUACAUUAAGAAACAUUUGAUCCAAACAUAGAAAAUAGCAAUAUGGUUAAUUAGGGACCUAUUCCAGAUCAGUGAUUAAAAACCUAUAUUGUCAAUCACAGAAAAGGACAGGGCAUUGUCAUUAGUUGGAAUAUUUACCCAAAUGUGAAUUAUGUUCUGGGAUACUCUGUUAGUAUGCCACAGAAUAAUCUUUUAAAAAGGUAUUAAUACCUGAAAGUCUAAAAAAAAAGACAUAAAGGUACCUUUCCUCAUGUAUAUGCACAAAUAUAAUUACAACAAACAUAUUCCAACCUGGAAUUAAUGAGCAGCUGUAUAGUACAUUUACAACACACCAUGAAGACCAAAAGCAUUUGCAUCCACAUCUGUUUCCUGAAACAUUUUGAGGGAAGAAUAGUAUAAUUGAUAUAGCAAAGAAUUUAGAAUGACUGAUGACAAUUUUUUAUGAAAGUUAAAUAUUUAAUGGACAGUUUUAGAACAGACAUUUAAAUAAAAAAAAUGCUCAUAUUAAAAGAAAUGGCAUUAAGGACACCAGCUUCUCACACAAUGUGGUACAUUUUCUUUCAAAGAAUUUCAGUUUUAAAUUUGUACUUCACACUUCAUCUCGAUUAUACCCACAGAGUAACAGGAAAGCAGAGUCUGCAGGAAAAGAAAAUUGUUCUAAAGGAAAAAUAAGCAGAAACCUGACCAAGGGCCUAACUGCUAGACCAGAAAAGAGGCAAAUAAAAACGCAGAUGCUAUUGAGUACAAGUCUCUCAAAGUAUGAUUUGUAGAGCAGGCUGGGUUAAAGCUGUAGAGUCCAACAAUGGCUUAAACGUUAAAACUGCUAAAUAUGUGCAUGUCCUUCGCAGGGAUAACAUUGUUGAAUACAGCCAAAGACAAAACAUGUCAACUGUUGCCAAAGAGGCAAGCCUCCAUAGACAUUUGAGUCAUUUUUUUUCACCUGCAGAAAAUAGGUGUUUACUUACAUCGUCCUUCUGCGUAUUAGUUACUAUUGCCACUACUAGCUUGCUGAUUAGAGGAUAGUAGACUUGUGCAUUUGGUUUUGGACAAACUGCCAUUCCUCAGAAUUUUGGAUGAUCAGUAGUUCGGCUGAAUGCUUUUUCUCCAGACAUAUAACUGAGCAUGCUUGUUAGCUCCAAAAUAAGAGAUAAUCAAUGGUAAAAAAAGAUGUUUGAUCACUAUACGACAGCCACUGCAUGUUGAUUGUAUUCACAGAUUAAGUGAGAAGUGACCAAUAAGGGGAAAAAAGGUUGAGCAGUAAAAUAAUCCAAAUUUAUAUACAGGGCUAUAUUUGCUGUGAGGCAAACAUGGCAUUUGCCUAGGGUGGUACUUUCAGGGAGGCGGCAAAAAAUGCUGCCAUAAGCGCCGAGGCAAGAGCAGUCCUUCGAGCUCUUCCAGCUCCCUCACGCAACCUUCUGCUGGUGUAAAAGGAGAAGCUACAUCCAGGGUACUUUAGGGGAGACUAGCUCUCAAGUAUUCAGAGAUAUUUUUUUUCAGUAGUUUGCACAGACCCUUUUUUAUAACCUGUAUCACUUCCUCCAGCCCAUGCUUGGUGCUAGUCUAAGGCACCACAGGGGGCAAUUGAUGACCCAAUGUAAAGUUUCCCUUUUGUCAGCCCAUCUCUUUAGUUUUUAGCCUCUUAGCCAGUGGUGUAUCCUGGUUUUGUGCUGCCCUAGGCACAAACACACACAGUCAGACACAAACACACACACAGUCAGUCACACACACACACAGUCAGUCACACACACACACAGUCAGUCACACACGCACACAGUCAGACACAAACACACAGUCAGUCAGACACAAACACACACACAGUCAGACACACACACACAGUCAGACACUCACACACACUCACAUUAACACUUUUUUUUAUUUAACCCCCCCCUUACCUUUGGGAAUGCAGGGGGGGUCUCUUUGUCCCUGGGGGUUCAGUGGCUGCCGGUCAGGCUGAUGGGCUGGCUACUGGGCGCUGGUGGUUGGCUGGCGAGGGAGCUCUUCCACUGAGCACUCUGCUCAGCUCCCUCGUGCGCCUCAGAGUGAGGCUGGGAGCCGAAAGAUGAUGUCAUAUUCCGGCUCCCAGCCUCACUCUGCGGUGCACGAGGGAGCUGAGCAGACAGCUCAGAGGAAGUGCUCCCUCGCCAGCCGCCCGCCCAGCGCCGCCCGCCCGCCAGCCCAGCAUGUCUGUUAGCCGCAAGGGCAUUUGGGGGGCGGCGUUUUUUGCCACCCCCUGAAAAAUGCCGCCCAAGGCAAAUGCCUUGCUUACCUCGCGGCUAAAACGUCCCUGCUCUUAGCAACAGGGUAUGCUUUAGAGCAAUGUGACUUAAAAUUGAAAUGCAAUCAGAUUCCUGUAUCUCCCAAAUUGCACAGGGAAUGCAUGUAGAAGGAGGUGUGUCUGCCCAACCACUGAAUGAGGAGGUUUUAUGACCCGUGUUUAACAAGGCAAAUUGCAAGGAAUCUAAUUUGUUGGUUUACAAUUAUCCACCAUCUUCCGUUCUACUUUUUAAACAAAAGACAGGUGUAAGGCAGCUUAUCACAUCAAUGUACUGCAAAAUACAAAUAUAACAUUUAUAAUAAUGAUAUAUAUUUUAUAAUACACUGAUUGGCUCAUUUAUGCACUUUUUUUUUUUUUCUUCUUUCAAAUCAUUUCUUAAAUAUUUUUCAUGAACAAUUUUCCGUAAAGUGGGACUUUCUAAUGAACGGAUGAACUCAAUUUUAUUUUUAGAAAAAACCUACUAUAUGGCCUACAUAUUUCUGCUAGGCACAAGCCUAGUUUAUAGACACAUUGUCAGGAUGGGGCUGUGGCCCAACAUGCAGAAUUAAGUCGAAUGGUCGAAUUUAAUGUAAUAAGAAUAGUCAAAAACAAGUCAAAGUCAGGGACACAGACAGGAGCAUAAACGAGAAGGCAAAGCCAAAGGGUCAGGAUACCAGAAUUACAGAUAGUCAGAACAAGCCAAGAUCAAAACAAGGAUAACAAUAUACCAAACACACUCUCGGAUAACCAAAGUAGUGGAAAUCACAACAGGGCACUGAACACUAGCAGGUUUGGGUUUAAAUAACCUCCAAAGCCUGCUCAUUGGUUAAAAUGGGACCUAUGACCCCAAAAAGUGCAUGUGCAUCGAAAAUGUGACGCUGCAUGCACGUUUACAUCACUUUUGACGUUUUGGGGGGCUGAACUGUUUAGUAGCGCGGGACUGAAUCGGCCGGCGUCCAUAACGUUGGACCCGGCUGCUACACCAGAUGUCACUCAGAAGGAGAGGCACUGUGGAUUAGUUAGUAAACUCUCCCUCCUGCAGCAUGGCCGCACGAUCGGGCGCUUCCACACGGCACCGAUCGGGCACCGUGUGAGCUCACUGAUCAUGUGCAGCCACACGGUGCCGACUGGGCACCGUGACACACAUGAUGUGCAUGGUUAUUGUGAAAGUUGUCAUCAUUUUUUGGCCAUCUCAAAUAUAGGGUUAGGAUUCAUGUGUUGCAAGGAUUAUCAUUUUAAUGAACUAAGGAUUGUCAAAUUUAUGAUUUACCACUGUGUGCAUAAUAUUGGUGCUUGUAUAAUGCAAUACUUUACUUCACUAAUGCUAUAUAAGGAUUAUUUUGAAUAGAGUGAUUAUGCCAAAUGAUGAUUCAUGAUUACAUGCCAAAGAAUUUACUCGUACAAAACAAUUCUGCUGAUUAUUUUCUGAUUUUUCUUUUCUCAUUUAGGAGUUAUGCUACAGAGAACACUAUUGUGGCUACCCAUCCUACUGUCUUUCUGUUUCUCCCUCCAUGCUCAAGGUAAUGGGUUUCUAGUAGUGUUAUUUAUGCAUUAAAGAGUAUUUGCUGUUUUAAGUUUAAACUUAUUGGACAUAUUUGGACAUAUUUCCUGUACUUUACAGGAAUGUUAAGGGCUUCAGUAUACAACAGGUUUCCAGAAUUAGAUAUCUCAUGAGCAAUAUGUUUUUGGUAAUGAGACAGGGAAUCAAGAAACAUAGCAUGAGUUGCUCAGGGGCAAGUCUUUUAUUUGUACCUCCAGUCCCAUUAAAACUUUAGGUUUCCAUGGCACCCAAAGCCAACCUACCCACUUUUGACUCAUACACUUAUUUAAAGACUUGACCUGGGAUGAGAAGACACACUGACACAAACUCAUUGUCACACACUGACACAUAGUGGGGUAAAAUCAGACAAAUAAGUAUGAGAAUUCCUCAGGUUUUCCACCACUUUCCCACCCCCAAUGCUCCAUAUAAAUCUACCUGUACAAUAAAAGCUUCUACCAUAACCGAAUUAAGCAUGGCAAUUGAGCUCCCUCUUCAAAAAUCAUAAGGGAACUGAGAUAGGCCAUGGGUUCCCGCAGGCCUGGAUGCUUUGCUGGGCAUUGUUAUUUUACGUGGUAGCAUUAUUUAUAGAGCUUAGUAUGAACUAUAAUACAACUAGCAUCAAUGAUCUUCCAGCUUUACAAGCAUUAAAGUAUGUUGUGCCCAUUCACAAGAACGGUAAUAGGAAAGUAAGCCUUACUUCAGUAGUGGGAAAAGUAAUGGAAACCAUGUUAAAGGAUAGGAUUGUUGAACAUCUAAAAACACAUGGAUUUCAAGAUCAGAGACAACAUGGGUUUACUUCAGGGAGAUCAUGCCAAACGAAUCUUAUUGAUUUUUUUGAUUGGGUAACUAAAAUAUUAGAUCAGGGUGGUGCAGUAGACAUUGCUUACCUAGAUUUCAGUAAGGCUUUUGACACUGUUGCACACAGAAGGCUUAUCAAUAAACUGCAAUCUUUAAGUUUGGAUUCCAAUAUUGUUGAAUGGGUAAGGCAGUGGCUGAGUGACAGGCAACAGAUGGUUGUAGUUAAUGGAAUAUAUUCGAAGCUUGGACUUGUCACCAGUGGGGUACCUCAGGGAUCUGUACUUGACCCAUUCUCUUUAAUAUUUUUAUUAGUGAUAUUGCAGAAGGUCUUGAUGGUAAGGUAUGUCUUUUUGCUGAUGAUACUAAGAUAUGUAACAGGGUUGAUGUUCCAGGAGGGAUAAGCCAAAUGGCAAAUGAUUUAGGUAAACUAGAAAAAAUGGUCAGAAUUGUGGCAACUGACAUUUAAUGUGGAUAAGUGCAAGAUAAUGCAUCUUGGACGUAAAAACCCAAGGGCAGAAUACAGAAUAUUUGAUAGAGUCCUAACCUCAACAUCUGAGGAAAGGGAUUUAGGGGUGAUUAUUUCUGAUGACUUAAAGGUAGGCAGACAAUGCAAUAGAGCAGCAGGAAAUGCUAGCAGAAUGCUUGGUUGUAUAGGGAGAGGUAUUAGCAGUAGAAAGAGGGAAGUGCUCAUGCCAUUGUACAGAACACUGGUGAGACCUUGGAGUAUUGCACGCAGUACUGGAGACCAUAUCUCCAGAAGGAUAUUGAUACUUUAGAGAGAGUUCAGAGAAGGGCUACUAAACUGGUUCAUGGAUUGCAGGAUAAAACUUACAAGGAAAGGUUAAAGGAACUUAACAUGUAUAGUUUGGAGGAAAGACGAGACAGGGGGCAUAUGAUAGAAACAUUUAAAUACAUAAAGGGAAUCAACACAGUCAAGGGGGAGACUAUAUUUAAAAGAAGAAUAACUACCACAACAAGAGAGGGCAAAGGUUUAAAAAUAAGAUCAGGAAGUAUUACUUUACGGAGAGGGUAGUAGAUGCAUGGAACAGCCUUCCAGCUGAAGUGGUAGAGGUUAACACAGUAAAGGAGUUUAAGCAUGCGUGGGAUAGGCAUAAGGCUUUCCUAACUAUAAGAUAAGGCCAGGGACUAAUGAAAGUAUUUAAAAAAUUGGGCAGACUAGAUGGGCCAAAAUGGUUCUUAUCUGCUGUCACAUUCUAUGUUUCUAUGUAAAUUAAUUUGUAAACAUAUCCCUCAGCAUUAGGUCAUUAAGUAAACCGAUACACAAGGUCUGAAAAUUCUGCUCACAAGCUUACAAUAUUAUAUUUCGAUUUAGUGUUAAUGAUAAAUUUAUAGAGCAAUAUAUUUCAAAUGCAGUAAAACGUUCUGCUUUAAAUGUUAACCAAUAUAAAAGUCACCACUACCUGAUUUAUUUUAUGAACUGUUAUAGCAUCUUAAACAAGGGGAAAAUGACAUAUCUCAAUUAUUUAUGUAUGUGUAAAAGUUUUUAAGAAAAUUUAAUUUUCCUCUCAAACAUAGCCAGUUUUAUUUAUAAUUUAAUUAUUCACUUGUUUAUAAUCAAAUCUGCUAAAUGCAAUUUCACAUGACUUCAUAAAUCUGGAAUUGAUGAGUUGUAUUUAACAACUGUUUAUAAUAGAAUUCCAAACCAUUUUAUAUUGGUUUUAGAAAAUGCUGUAUUUCAGUACAUACACGAUUUAAACUAUUUCUAUAUAAUCAGUAUUUUAACAUUAACCUCUGAAACAUAUCAUAUAAUGUCUCCUGUAUUUUUAGAUGAAGAAGAAAAGGAAGAUGAAAAUACUUUUGAUCUCAUUGAAAUCAGUAAUAUAAACAAGAAGACAAUAGGAGCCAAAAUGUUUCGAGGACAUGAACCAGGUUCCCCCGCAUAUAGAUUUCUUCGUUUUGAUCACAUACCUCCAGUUAAUGAUGAAAAGAUGAGGCAGAUAAAUGAACUUAUGCAGCAAAAUGAAGGCUUUAUCUUAACAGCCAAAUUUAGACAAGAUAAACACAACAGAGGGACUAUAAUUGCUAUGGAAGGUCCAGGCAUAUCCAAUAGACUAUUUGAACUUGUUUCAAAUGGACGAGCCAAUACUCUGGACCUGAUUUAUUGGGUAGAUGGAACACAGAAUGUUAUAUCCUUAGAAGAUGUGGACCUGGCAGACUCCCAGUGGAAAAAUAUUACAGUUCAGGUGACAGCUGAAAGCUUCAACCUCUAUGUUAGCUGUGAUCUCAUUGACAGCUUUCGCCUGGAGGAUCCAUUCUUCGAGCAUAUAAAGGCUGAGAAGAUGUAUAUAGUUAAGGGGUCAAUCCGAGAAAACCACUUUAGGGUAAGCAAACUUUUUGAUUUGUUUUUUUAAAAAUUUUAAGAACAAUUUGGAAUAGGAUAUUAUUUAUAUAUGCCUUAAAAGUUGAUAAAUAGAUAGACAGACAGACAGACUGGUGAGAUUGCUCAGUGGGCUAAUGCAUCAUUAGCCAGUAGAAUUGGGGGUCACAGGGUUUACUCAGCCGUUUAUUCUUCCUAAGUAGAAAAUAAUUAGUAAAAUUAAAUUGGUAAUAGUAAUAUCCAUUGUCUGUUGGGUAAAAGUAGCAACCUCAGAAUGUACAUGGAAACCAGAGUAAUCUGAAUGUACUUUUUCUGGUUAAAUACUUUUGACAGACAGACAGGGUUUGUUCUAGAGUAAUUCUUGUUGAACUUACAAGUUUCCAGUAUUCUGUGCCCGUGUAUAUAGGACCAAUAAAAAAAGUAGAUGCAGCUUUUUUUUUUUUUUUUUAAAGAUUGCACCAAGCGAUAAUCAAUAUCACUCAAAAAAUUUGGCUAACACCAUGGUGUUGCAUGGUGAUUUUUUUUUUUAUGCCAAUAGAUCAUCCAUCCAACUUUCUUGUGCAAAAUGCCCCGGGCCCAGUUACUCCUGGGGGGCCCAAGGCAGCUGCCCUGUGGAUUCCACUGCCCUGAUCUAUUUAUUUCCCCUCCAUCCCAAUGGCCCUUCUGGUUCAGCCACUAAGAAGGCCCACUGGGUGGCCAAUGCCCCUAGGGCCACCUGGUGGACUUGUUUUAGCAGACUUUUCGGCAGCUGGCUGGGAGGAAGUGACAGCUGCAAGUCACUUCCUCCCACAGAGAGAGAAGUCGCGCAGGAGGGAGGAGCAGGCAGUGAGGAGAGGGGGCUCCUCACAUCAGCCUCAGACACCACACUGGACCCAAGGGAACCAACCCUCCAGAAACAUGUAGGGAACUGGAGGGUGGGCUUUAAACAAUGUAAAUUGUACAUGUGUGUUAGUAUGUCUGUGUGUGUGUCUAUGUGUAUGUCGGUUAGUGUGUGUAUCAGUAUGUCUGUGUGUGUCAGUCAGAAUGUCUGUGUGUGUCUAUGUGUGUGUCAGUAGGUCUGUCAGUGUGUGUGUCAGUAUGUCUAGCAGUGUACAUAUCUGUGUGUGUCAGUUUGCCUGUCUGUGUGUGUAUCAGUAUGUCUAUCAGUGUGUGUGUCAGUAUGUCUGUCAAUGUAUGUGUCUGUGUGUGUGUCAGUUAGUAUGUCUGUGUGUGUCAGUAUGCCUGUCAGUGUGCGGGUCAGUAUGCCUGUGUGUGUGUGUCAGUAUAUCUAUCAAUGUGUUUGUCAGUAUGUAUGUGUGUGUGUGUGUAUGUGUGUGUCAGUAUGUCUGUGUGUGUGUGUGUCAGUAUGUUUGCCUGUGUGUGUAUGUCAGUGUGUCUAUCAGUGUAUGUAUCUGUGUGUCAGUAUGUCGGUCAGUAUAUGUAACUGUGUGUGUCAGUAAGUCUGUCAGUGUAUGUGUCUGUGUGUGUCAGUAUGUCUGUCAGUAUAUGUGCCUGUGUGUGUCAGUAUGUCUGUCAGUAUAUGUGCCUGUGUGUGUGUCAGGGGAUGUAUUUAUAUGUGUGUCAGUAUGUAUGUUAUUAUGUGUGUGUCAGUAUGUCUAACAGUAUAUGUGUAUGUGUAUCUGUAUAUGUGUCAGUGUGUACCUGUGUCUCUGAGCAUCUGCAUAUGUGUCAAGGUGUGUAUCUGUUUGUCUGUAUGUAUGUGUAUCGGAGUGUUUGUAUCUGUGUCAGUCUGUGUGUCUGUAUCUGCAUGUGUCUCAGUGUGUGUAUAUGUGUCUUUAUAUCUGCAUGUGUUUUAGUGUGUGUAGGUGUAUCUGUAUCUAUGUGCUUUAUAGUGUGUGUGUAGCAGUGUACGUGUAUAUGUGCAUAUAUCUCAGCAUUUAACACCAACACUGCAUACAAACUUCAACACUACAUACAAACACACUACUGCAAUGAAACAUCAACACUACAUCAGGGACGUAUCUUCCGCGAGGCAAACAAGGCAUCUGCCUUGGGCAGCACUUUGCAGGGGGCGGCAAAAAAAGCCACCCCCAAACGCCCAGGCAGAUCCCUUGUUUGCCUCGUGUCCUGGAGGGGCUCAAGAACCGUCCAGCUGGCCACUUUUGAGCACCCCCCCCCAAGGCGGGCAGCAAGGGAGCAUGCUCACCUGAGCUCUUCCUGCUCAGCUCCCUCCGUGCCACAUAAUAAGGGGGUAGGGAAAAUUUAAAUGGGGGGGGGGAAGAGGGGGCAGGGUCCAGGGGAUGCUUGCACAGGGUCCUAUUAGUAUUAAAGAUGGCCCUGCCUUCCAUCCAAUAAAAAUUCACAGCAGGUAUUACAAGGUUUGCUAAACUAGAUUCCACCAUAGAUGUGAGUCCUGGAUCUCCUCUUUAUGCAGCACAUGCUUGAUUAAAGGGACACUAUAGUCACAGCAUGUAGUUGUUCUGGUGAGUAUAGUCAGUUCCUGCAGGCUUUUUGCAGUAAACACUGUCUUUUUCAGAGAAACUGCAGUGUUUACAUUGCCCCCUAAUGACAUCUUCAGUGGCCACUCCUCAGUUGGCCACCGGAGGUGCUCUCCACGCUCUUCAUUAGGGACACUGAACUUUCCUCAUAGAGAUGCAUUAAAUCAAUGCAUCUCUAUGAGGAAGUGCUGAUUGCCCAAGCCGGCGUUUGGCCCUUCCCCCGUCCCGCCUCCUUGCUGAUCUUAGCCUAUCCAAUUCUUUCCCUAUGUAAAAACAUUGGAUUUGCUAAAUCAAGGGCGGAGUCAGCACCGGCAGACCUUUGCGGCGCUGGAAAUAAGGUGGGUUUUAUUAACUUUUAAGGGGGCUAAGGGGGAAGGGGGAAGGGGGGCAAUCCACUUAAAUGGUGGUUUUAACACUAUAGGGUCAGGAAUACAUGUUAGUAUUCCUCACCCUAUAGUGUUCCUUUAAAGGGACACUGUAGUCACCCAGACCACUUCAGCUCAAUGAAGUGGUCUGGGUGCCAGGUCCCUCAGGUUUUAACCCUUCACAUAUAAACAUAGCAGUUUUAGAAAAACUGCUAUGUUUACAUAGCAGGGUUAAUCCAACCUCUAGUGGCUGUCUUCCUGACAGCCGCAAGAGGUGCAUUUGCGACGCUGGAAGCGAAAUUCGCAUUGAGAAAUGCUUUCCUCUGACGUCGGCGGGGGUGGAGAGGUCACCAGCGCCGAGGGAGCCCAGCGCUGGUUUAAGGUAAGCUGCUGAAGAAGUUUUAACCCCUUCAGCGCCAAGGGAGGGGGACCCUGAGGGUGGAGGCACCCUUAGGGCACUAUAGUGUCAGGAAAAUGGGUUUGUUUUCCUGACACUAUUGUGAUCCUUUAACCCCUUAGCGACCGAGGACGGUUCAGGACCAUCAUCGGCAUUUUUGCCUUGAGGACCGAUGACGGUCCUGAACCGUCCUAACGGUCUGGGGGUACUUACCUGAUCGCCGUCGUUCCCCCGGCGGCGAUCAGUGUUCCUCCGGUUGUGGGGAGACUGCCUGCAGCCCAGACAGUCUCCCCACGGCAGAUUUAGGACCCCUGUGGCCAUGUGAUCGCUUAACACAGCGAUCACAUGGUCACAAUAGGUGUCCAUAGUGCUGCCUGCAGGGGGACUGUCUGUGCUGACAGGCAGUCUCCCUGCUAAUGUAAAAUCAAAAAUAAAAAUAAAGUUAAUGGUAAUAAAAAAAAUAAUAAUAAUUAUAUAGGUGUAUAUAUGAUAUAUAGACAUAUAAUAUAUCUAUAUAAUAUAUGUCUAUAUAUCAUCUAUAUAAUGCCAUACUAAGUGUAUUUUUAUAUUAAUAUGUACUUAUAUUAAUAUAAAAAUACACUUAUAAUUAAAUUACACACGUAUAUAUAUAAUAUAUAUACUAUAUAUAUUGUAUAUAUAUAUUAUUAUAAAAUACAAAUAAGUAAUUUAAAUUAAAUAAAAAAUUUAAAAAUAAUAAAAAAAUUAAAAAAAUUAUAUAUCUAUAUGAAAUUUUAUUCUAACUGUAUUUUGAUAAUUAAUAUAUAUAUAUUUAUAUCAAAAUACACUUAGAAUGAAAUUGUAUAUAUAUCUAUGUAUAUAUAAAUAAAUAAAAAUAAUACGAAAUAUACAUAUGUCCAUAUACAAAAUUACAUAAAUAAUUAUAUAAAUAUACACGUAGACUUCAAAUAUAUAAAUAUGCAUAUAUAUUUAAAUUCUACGUGCGUAUUUAUGUAAUAGUUUUACAUAAUUCAGUAAUUUUAUUGAUUGCAAUUUAAGGGACCUGCCUGCCAACCCAGGCCGAAAUUCCAGAGAAUUGAAUUUGCUAGCACUGUAUUUUACCCUGUAACGUUCUACGACACCCUAAAACCUGUACAUGGGGGGUACUGUUUUACUCGGGAGACUUCGCUGAACACAAAUAUUAGUGAUUCAAAACAGUAAAACAUAUCACAGCGAUGAUAUUGUCAGUGAAAGUGACUUUUUUUGCAUUUUUCACACACAAACAGCACUUUUACUGAUGAUAUAAUUGUUAUGAUACGUUUUCCAGUUUUUAAACACUAAUAUUUGUGUUCAGCAAAGUCUCCUGAGUAAAACAGUACCCCCCAUGUACAGGUUUUAUAGUAUUUUUGAAAGUUACAAGGUCAAAUAUAUGGGUCAAAUAUUUUUACAUUGAAAAUGGCCAGGUUGGUUACGUUGCCUUUGAGAGCGUAUGGUAGCCCAGGAAUGAGAAUUACCCCCAUGAUGGCAUACCAUUUGCAAAAGAAGACAACCCAAGGUAUUGCAAAUGGGGUAUGUCCAGUCUUUUUAGUAACCACUUGGUCACAAACACUGGCCAAAAUUAGCGUUCAAUUUAGUUUUUUUACUUUUUUCACACACAAACAAAUAUGAAUUCUUACUUUGGCCAGUGUUUUCGACUAAGUGGCUACUAAAAAAGACUGGACAUACCCCAUAUUGAAUACCCUGGGUUGUCUACUUUAAAAAAAAUAUGUACAUGUGGGGUGUUAUUCAGAGAUUUAUGACAGAUAAUAGUGUUACAAUGUCACUAUUGAUAAAUUUAAAAAAUUUAUGUUUUGAAACCGCAAUAUUCUACUUGUACCUAUAGCCCUAUAACAUGCAAAAAAAAGCAAAAAAGCAUGUAAACACGGGGUAUUUUUAAACUCAGGACAAAAUUUUGAAUCUAUUUAGCAGUUUUUUUAAUUCGCUUUUGUAGAUGAGUAAAAGAUUUUUCAAGUAAAAGUCAAAAAACAUGUAUUUUUUUCAAUUUUUCAUCAUAUUUUUUUAUUUUUUAAAAAUUAAAAUACAUGAGAUUAUAUAAAUAAUGGUAUGUAAAGAAAGCCCCUUUUGUCCUGAAAAAAACAAUAUAUAAUUUGCAUGGGAACAGUAAAUGAGAGAGCGGAAAAUUCCAGCCAAACACAAACACCACAAAAGUGUAAAAAUAUGCCUGGUCGCAAAUGUACAACAUCGCAAAAACAGUCCAGUCCUUAAGGGGUUAAUGUUUAAUAUCAUCCUUUUAAUAACCAUAAUAAUCAAUGAGAAAUUAACAACAACAAAAAAAUUUGGUGCUUAUAUGAUAUAUGUAGUUGUUUUGUAUUCAGUGAUUGAUGCAUAGAGAACAUUCAUUUUUUAAAAAUUUGUAUUAUUUUUUCCAGAAUGACAUAGUUACUUUUCAGUGCAAGGUCAUCAUGAUAAUCUGCUUUUAAUUAUUUCUUGUAGGGACUUAUUCAAAAUAUUCAUUUCAUUUUUGACACAACAAUUGAAGAUGUUCUGAAGAAAAAAGGGUGCCAGCUAAGCCACACAGGUACACAUGUUCACUUGCAUACCAAGCAGUCAUGUCUUCCGUUAUCUGAUACUAGCAAUUUACCUGUCUAAUGCUUUUUCUCCUUUGACUGAUCUGUGACCUCUUUACUUUUCAUGUAGCAAUUGUUAAAUAGCUACCUCCAGGGAAUGUAGCACAUCAUUACCAUGUUAAUUUAACUUGUAUUUUUAUUAUUUGUCAGAAUCUACUACUCCUUUCAAAUAUGAUUGAUUACAUGAAUGAUCUGUAUAAGAAUGAUGAGUUUAUAACUCAUCAUUUUUAUACGGAUCACUCAUCUAAUUUAGCGUUGUCAUUAUUAUGGAAAAAAAAAAUGUAUAUGUUAAAUUUCAUUAAACAGUAACUUUAAUAUAGAAGUUACAUACGAUCAUCAACUAUUCCUGUUUAGAAUAGUCUGUGAAAUGUUAUCUAAUCUGGAUUGUUGCAUGCCAUUGAAAACAAGCUGCAUCAGCAACAUCUAUACUAAAAGAAAUACUUAUUUGAAGCACUCUUUUCUCUGAAUCUCUCCUCCACAUUUUUCUCAUGAGUAGAUCUGCUGCUGAAUGUUGAACUACAUAUCCCAUAAAUCUCUGCUUAAAACAAUAAAACUAUGUUCAUUUGAAGAAUUUUGGAAAUGCCAAUGCAAAGAUGUGGUAUUUAUUGUAUAGCUUCUUCAUUUUAUAAAUUAUCUUUUUAGUUAAAUGUUCAGAAUGCCAUCAAUGUAUUAGCUAAAAAAAAAAAAAAUAAUCAGAGGAAAUCCCCCUUUUGUCACUUUUUUAUUUUUUUUAUUCAUAUAAAACAUUCACGUGGACUAUGGCAUUUUCUUUUGGAAAAAAAUGUUACUCAAAAUCUAACAAAAUGUUGACUGAGAGAGAAGUAUACAGGUUACUUUAGGAAGUGUCACACGUAACCAACAUUACUUAUACUGAUGUUUGCUGGGAUAUAUAUGUAUUUAAAACAGGAAAUUACAGAAGCCUGAAUACCAGAGAAAUAUACUUACUUUCCAGCUGGUUAGCUCAUAUAUUUAAAUGCAUAAUGUGCCAUUGCAGGGGUAAGUGUGAAUUUAACACAGGGUAAGAGAUUGUGGAGGCUACAUUCCCUAAAGGGGCGUUGCAGUUUUAGGGAACCUUGUUAGCAGGUCAAUGAGCAAUCCUCCCUUUGCUAUUCUCAUUGUCUGUGCUCAACCAAAUGUGAAUGCUUUAAUUCUAGCUGUAACAUAAUCAGGUUUAAAAUCAUUAUGCUACCGACAGAUAGAAGGUAAAAUAUAUAGAUAGUCUUGUCUAUACAGGUUAGAGAUACAACAUUUCAAUCCCUCUUCUUUGAAAGCAUGUAAUUACAAUUGGAACAAUGGAACCAUUCAACUUAAUAUCAUUGACCACUAUCCAAAACCUUAAAAUGCUUUUUUUUUGUUUGUUUGUUUUUUAAAAGGUGUAUGUUCUGCAUUCACAUCCCUAAACAUAGCUGUAGUUUUCAAUUCACAAAGCUCUUGUUAAGAAGUUGAACAGCAGGAAAUUGAAUCAACAUAGUGUGUGCUUCAGUUAUAAUAAAAGCUGUGCAUAAAUAAAUGUCAUAAAUAAAUACAUUGUGUAUAGUAGUAUAGAUUAUAUUGGGAAGUGAGUAGUACCUGCCUUUACACUUGUUUUAAAGUGUAUUUGUUACCAACACUCUAGUCAAAUGUCAUUGUUAAAGUAAAUACCUUAUUAAAAUAUAGAGGGGGGACCUGAUAGCAUAUAAAUAAACACACAGAUAAUCAAAGAAAACCCAUUUGGCUAGCACAUGUACAGAUAAAAUUUAUCCCUUAUAAAGGGACAGUAUAAUUUGCAUGACAGGUACACUUUAACAGUUUAUAAACUACUCCUUGAUUUCACUGAGUUCAAUUAACUGAAAUAUACAUGAUUUAAGUUAGAAUUGAAAUAUUCAUCAGUAACCAGAGUGAUCUGUGUGACAAGUAGGCGCUUGAGAAGUAAUAAAAAGUAUAUAAUUCAUGCAGCUGCUACAACACUUAUAAGUGGAUCUCUCUAAUCCACCAGUUGAUACAAAGUGAUACAAAAGUUGGGAGUUUAAGAGCAGGUUAGUGAAACACAAACCACCUAACAUAAAAUCCCUAAAGUGGGGCGCUGGAAAAUACUUACCCCUAGUCUUAGGGGUAUCACACAAUUCAGAGUAGAGGUCGAAGUAUGAAGAGAAACAAAGGGGGGAGGGGGGAUAAAAUAAUCCAAUGGUGGAGUAUAUUAAGUCUAUUCUAUUAAUAAUAAAAAAUGUAUAGGGAUCAACUCACAAGUGGAGAGCCAAAAGAGGGACUGGCUCAAAUCAUAUUCCCUUUGGUGUACAUCAGGGACACCUUCCCUCUUUAACUUCUUCCUUCAAUUCUCGUUAAGAAAUAUGUGGAGACAAAGAUAUCUAUCUGGUGCAGUAUGUUCAAAAUAAAUCUGGACAAAUAUAUAAAAACAGACACCAGGUGGUAUACUGCUCACCUUGUCUAGAGCCAAUAUAAUGUGUUUGGCUCUGGUUUGGAUGGCUUGUUACCCACUCAGGGGGGUAAGUGUAGAAAGCAGAAAAUUCUGGACUUAAAGAUGAUCCAACUGAUCAAUUUAUUCAAAAUUAAAAAGUUAUUACACAAAACAAUAAAAUCACUGUCCUAUCUGCUGGGACUAUCCUCGAGACGCGUUUCGCCCCUUUCUCUGGCUUUUUCAAUCGAAGUUAAUCUUCUCAUCAUUACCUCCUUUUCUUUAAACCCAUGCUACCUUCCUGAUUCAUCCUUUCGUGUCCUCAUAGUCCAAUCCGAUCCGUCGGAUACGUAGGUGUUUUCUCACAGCUGAUCAUAACUACCGCAUCGGUUUCCGGAAGUGACGUCACGCCUAUCCAUCACUUCCGGUGUGGGUUUCGCCAUAUCCCUUACUGGCAUUCACUUGCAAUUUUGCCAGUCUUCGGUGUUCAUACAUGAGGGUAUUUAUACCCAUAAGUCCAUAAGAGUUCAUAUGUACAUAGAAAUGAUAAGAGAGAGAAUAAAAUAUAUGAAGAAAUCAGUUCUGUAUUCUAGCUCAUAAGGAAUUGUCAUACAUUAAAUAAAUUAGUGAACAGAGGUAUAUAUUACCCUCUUAAAAUUUAAAGUGCCAUACUUCUUUAUAGUCUCAUGUAUUGUAAAAAGAUCUACAUUUAGGUAUAUUUCUUACCAAUAGUUUAGGUAAGUUGCAAUGGAAAGAUUGCUAAAAAAGAUAAAAUAUAAAACUUGAUCUCUUGAAUAAAAUUAAUAACUAAAAAACACCAAAAAAAUGAAAAAAUUAUGUGUAUGUGACAAUAAAAUGAUAUAUUAAUAAAAAAUGAUAAAAAGUGAUUAGUAAUAUAUUUAUUAAAAAUGGCAUAACUCAAAAUCACUAUUUAAUCCGAAGGGGAAAAGAGAGUUGAGAUUAAAAAUCCAUCUCAUUUCUGUUUUCCCCAUUACAGUAAUGAGGUCCUCUCCUCUCCAGUUAGUUGCAACUUUCUGUAUCCCUAAGAAUGUGAGUUGAGUUGGAUCCAUCCUAUGUUUAAUCUUAAAAUGGUGCGAGAGACUGUUUCUCAAAUCCUAAUUGUCCAAAACAUUCUUAAUAAAUAUUGGCCAAUAUUAACAAAAGACUCAUUAUUAAACUCCAUACUUCCUGCGAAACAAAAGAUAAUUUAUAGGGGAGUACCAAAUUUAAAGAGCAAGUUAGUCCACAGCCAUCUACAGAAAAAACAGACCCUAAAAAAUCCAUUUAAUGAAGAAGGGCGAUUCUAUGGCUGUGGCAACUGCGGAGCAUGCACCCAUACGAAAAACAAAAAAGAGACAUAUUAAGGAAUUUAUACAUCCUAAAAAUGAGACAGAAAACUUUCCAAUCAAACAGUUAAUUACUUGUCACUCAAAAAAAGUAAUUUAUAUAAUAAUUUGUACGUGCGGAUUGUUGUAUGUAGGUAGGACCACACGGGCGUUACAUGUAAGAAUCCAGGAACAUGUCAGAAAUAUCAAAUUAGGAUUUGAGAAACAGAGUCUCUAGUACCAUUUUAAGAUUAAACAUAGGAUGGAUCCAACUCAAUUCACAUUCUUAGGGAUUCAGAAAGUUGCAACUAACUGGAGAGGAGAGGACCUCAUUACUGUAAUGGGGAAAACAGAAAUGAGAUGGAUUUUUAAUCUCAACUCUCUUUUCCCCUUCGGAUUAAAUAGUGAUUUUGAGUUAUGCCAUUUUUUAUAAAUAUAUUAUUAAUCAUUUUUUAUCAUUAUUUUUUAAUAUGUUUUACAUUUUAUCAUUUAAUUGUCACAUAAAAUGAUAUACUCCACCAUUGGAUUAUUUUCUCUCCCCUCCCCCCUUUUUUUCUCUGCAUACUUUGACCUCUACUCUGAAUUGUGUGAUACUCUUAACACUAGGGGUAAGUAUUUUCCAGCGCUCCACUUUAGGGAUUUUAUGUUAGGUGGUUUGUGUUUCACUAACCUUCUCUUAAAUAUUCAUCAGUAUCUGGCACAGAUGAAGUUAAAAUAUAAUCUUCACCCAUUUAGUAUAAAACGAUUACCUCUUAUAACUAUAACAAUAAAAACAAUGUUCAUAGAAACGUGUAUUUAAUAGUAUAGGCCUUUUACAAAUAAGCUCUAUACAAUGUUUGGAUCCUGUGGUUGGCAAAAACAGAAGUUUGUUUUUAAUAAUGUAUGUCAUAUAAAAAAUAUUUGGUCUUUAAAGGAACGUCUUGAACUUGUUCUCAUUGAAUCCCAAGGGUUUUAGCAAUAAACAUGUAAGAAGCAAAAUCCAUAUGUUAGGCUCUUGGAGCACAUAAGACUACAGGGAUAUGUAAUCUGUUGUUAUCAUUACACGCUAGAGUGAAUUAUGAUGCAUAAGCUUUUUAGGAUUUUUACAGGAGCAGACAAAAUGUGUUUCUAAGAAUUAUAAUUCAGGCUUGACUAUGACUAUGGCAAUGGUAUAUUACACAGGUCUGCAAUAAAUAUUAAUUUGGAAACCAUGGGUCAAGUCUUAAAAAAAUAAGUUUGGAAACUCAUCUUUCCCAUAUUCACUCAAAAUAUGAAAAAAAAUUUGUUGUUGUUUAUAGUGUUAUUGUGAAUGUAUGUCUUAUGUCAGAAUGUUAGAAUGUAGGAGUGAUCAUUGUGCCAGCAAAUAUGAAGGCAGAUGCAUAUAUCAGUGUACUGCAACUAUGUGAGAAAGCAUGGAAUGCAGGGUGAUGUUUUUAUGGGUUACACGUGUGUGCGAAUGUGAGAGUGUACUUGUGAUGUUACUCACUGUGGCACCGUUCCACUUUCUCAAAAGUAGUAUACAUUUCAUCCAUAUUUCAAUGCCAUUGACUGAAUAAGCAUCUCAUUUGAUCUUUAGAUUAAUGUCAAAGACAUAAUGAAUUUAUUUUUAUUUUUUAAAGUGUGUUUUUGUUGUUUAGUGUCAGGUGAUAUCUCCAGUCAAUUAAUGAAAAUGGGACGUUCCAAUUCUCCAUUAGCAAAUUAGCAGAUGUCUUUCUAGCCAACCAGUUUUAAUUAAAUAGCACAAAACAGUUUGAUCAAGAACUAGGGGGAUGAUGUCUGCAGCAUUAUAACACAUCAGCAUUUAGUGGGUAUGUUGCUUAAACAGCCACUUUAAAAAUCUCCCCCCUCUUCCUCUACUUACCCUACCCUUCUUCUUCAUUAAUAAAUAAUAAUUCUUAGUGUUCUGACACUCCCCUGCAUCCUAAACACCUUCCCUAUUGAUCGUAAUUCCUUCUUAUUCAGCUAUUAGUGGCACCUGGAGGCACAAUCUUUCCUACCUGGCUUUGACUUUAAAGAACAGUCUGAACAGGGCAUUGUAAGGGGUGUCAGUAUCACAAUAUGAUGUUUGUCACUGCUGCACUGCUGCUCAUUAUUUAUUCCUCCAACAAAGGUCAUGAAGGAAUCAACAAUGGAAUACUGCAACUCCAACAUUCACUUCUAAAAGUGAGCCUACCAUAGGCAGUGAACAGGUAGCAAAAAAAAUGUAGAUUUUAAAAUGUAGAUCAGGAACACUUUCUCAAUUGGAGAGAAUUCCAAAAAAGCUUAAAUUUUCUUUCAAAUAAAUGAUAGUUGGCAUACAUGCCCUUUGUUGACCUCCCAAUGCAUACUGGUUUGAAUCCCCUAUAAGUUGACGUUGGAUUUUUGCUUUUAAUUGAGAGACUUUAAAGCCUUUGAAAAAUGGCAGAUCAAUUUUCAAAAUAUAAAUGUAACCCCAAUAGGAUUUCACUGGCAGUAGCACCCCACAUCCUGAAAUAGAGAUUACGCCCAUAGUAGUGCUAGAUGCUGAUUCCCUCUUCUAACUUUUAUGUUUAACAUAGUCCAGCAGAGCACAAUAGAGAUGGACCACAUUUGGGAGUUGAGUCUAGAAAUAAAUAGUAAUGGUAUCUGCAAGUUGAGGUUAAUGGAUUACUCCAAGCAUGAUAACCACAAUAGCCCACUGUAGUGAUUAUGAUGGUAGUAGUAUCCUAGCUUUGCUCCCUGGUUUUGGGGAGACUGCUCUCAGUAAAUGAAUGAGCAUCUGUGCACAAAAAUAUGCACAGAAUUAACAUUAACCAGCCAAGAACACUUGUUUCUGGGCUAGCUAAUGAUACAGUAGUGACACUUACAGCAGAAAAUAGGUAAAACUCCAUAUGUGCAGCAUUUCCUAGGAGUAACCAUUUAUAGCUGUGAUCAAGGAACAGAUGGAAUUCUGAAAUGCUUGCAAUCUACUUGGCAUUGUUCUUCAAAGACUUGCUAAAAUUGGCCAAAUCAAAUUUUGCUGUUCACUGUAAGUUACCACUUGUAUAUUAGCUAACCAUAUCCCACAGGCAUACUAUUGUUUUAUUUUACAUUCAUAUAUUUCCAAGUGGGUUUAUCACAAAAUAUAGUCUACACUACAAUGUAUAUUCAAGAUUCACAACCACUUUUUCCCCUCUAUAAAUCUGCUAUACACCCCUGUUUUGUUUUAUAUAUGCAUCGGAUAUUCCUAAAAGUCCUGGCAAGGUCACUCUGCUUAGUUUUCUUUUUUUUUCACCUGGUUUAACUAGAUCACCAAGCACCAGUGUUACUAAUCUUAAAAGAACCUGCACUCAAAUUACCAUAAUCUACAGUUAAAUUUAGCAUUUUUUUAAUUACCUUUUGUAUGAAUGAAGGACACAUAUGGCCCUAAUAACUGCAUUGUUUUGGUUGAUGACAAGUCACUGCCUGUGCUUCAGAAGAUCAUUAAAGAACAUACAGAUAGAAUAAAAUCAAAUAAGGCUCAUUUAUAUAAAGGCAUAAGCCAUUUAUUUUAUAUGUGAUUUCUGAGCACAAAACUAAAGAGAAAGAAAGAAGGAGAAAAAUAGGACAGACUAGUCUAAAUGGUCCUAAUAGAGUGGAUUUCCCUCUAAAAAGAGGGAAAUUAGCAUGGGAAAAAUAUUAAGCCUAAUAACUGAUUCCCAAAAUAAAACUUAGCUUUUAAUAACAACUAACUAAAAACACAGAUCAUGGUUGAUACAAUUGCCCACCAGGACAGCUAUGAGUAUAUAUAGCUGAAAUACAGGAGCAGUCUAGAGGUGAUCUCACAUUGAACUUUUAGCAUAAGAUAACAGAGUGUUGAGAAAAAAUAAUAAAUUGUGGAAUAAGUAACAACGUUUCUUGAUACUUUGUUUUGCCACUAAGUUAGCAACAAAGUAUCAGCUAUGGGUCUGAACAGUCCUCCCAGGAAACGGUCUGAUAUCUUGGAGAGAUACUGUCAGUGUAUUUAGACAAAAAUAAUCAAUUCCCCAAAAAUUAGGUCACUUAUUCUGGUAAGGACUACAGGAUCACCUAGUAUUAAAUCAAAUGUUGUAUCUUGGAUCUGAAAUCUGGCGGGUAGCGGGGGAGAGGUGGCCGACCAAAGUCAAGGAAGGGGAAAAGUACUAAACACUGUGUAACUAUGCUUCAGACCCAUAGCUGAUACUCUGUUGCUAACUUAGUGGCAAAACAAAGUAUCAAGAAACGUUUUGUUACUUAUUCCACAAUUUAUUAUUUUUUCUCAACACUCUGUUAUCUUAUGCUGAAAGUUCAGUGUGAGAUCACCUCUAGACUGCUCCUGGAGGUGCCGUUUUUCGGUUAUAUAUACUCAUAGCUGUCCUGGUGGGCAAUUGUAUCAACCAUGAUCUGUGUUUUUAGUUAGUUGUUAUUAAAAGCUAAGUUUUAUUUUGGGAAUCAGUUAUUAGGCUUAAUAUGCUAAUUUCCCUCUUUUUAAAGGGAAAUCCACUCUAUUAGGACCAUUUAGACUAGUCUGUCCUAUUUUUCUCCUUCUUUCUUUCUCUUUAGUUUUGUACUUUUGGUGAAGUUGUUCACUAGGGGUUAUCCCCCACAUAGGAGAAAUUUACCCAUAUCCCCCCCUUUCCUCUCUUUUUUUGUGAUUUCUGAGCAUAACCGCAGGAUUCUAUGACAAGUUCAGUUUAAGUUCAUCAGUGCCUACAUUGGUUUCAUGCUGAACUUUAAUAGCCCAGGCCAAACCCAUUGUUUUGACAGAUUUUGUAGUGAUUGAUGCCUGUCACCCAAAUGAUUCUACAAAAUCAAGACACAUAAAUAUUUUUAUUCUAUUACUAUGGUAACCCAGUGAUUUGAAUUUCUUACAACCACUACUGACAAUGAAAUGAUGUGUAUCCAAGUUUUGUAUUAUGUCAUAGGAAUUGAUGAAUAUUUAAAAUGUUCUAAACUGCUGUGCUCCUUUAAUGGGUACACACCGAGAAAUAUAUUAUUUCAUUACAAAACAUUUUCAAUUUGUGAGGUUAGUUGUCAUAGAGAUAUUAUUACAGAGACAGAACAAAUCCAAAAUAUACAAAAAAUGUAAACAAAAAAGAACAAAAAAAAAAAAUAAAAAAAAAUAUAUAUAUAUAUAUAUAUAUAUAUAUAUAUAUAUAUAUAUAUAUAUAUAUAUAUAUAUAUAUAUAUAUAUAUAUAUAUAUAUAUAUAUAUAUAUAUAUAUAUAGUCUUUUCCAAUUUAUGAUUUCAUUCAUCAUAAAAGAACAUUGUUUGCAUUGGUAAUUUCACAUGUCAUUAUUUUAAUAAGAAAUAAUUGUGUAAUUUCCUUUUUCUGUACCCCCUUAAGGACACAACUUCUGGAAUAAAAGGGAAUCAUGAUGGAAUAUUUCCGUCAUGUGUCCUUAAGGGGGUACAGUGUCUAUAGAAUUGGUACUUUUAAUGGACUCAAAGACAUUUGUAUUGACAACUGUUUAAAUUGAAAUAAAAGCAAACAUUGUUUUUUCAAUAACAAAAUAUGAUUCAGAGGAACUUUUGUGACCACAUAAAAAUAGUUUAUACAUUGUUUGCAGAUACUCAUACUGAAAGAAUGUCUAACUUUUAUUUCCGACACAUUGUUCCAUGGCAUGAUGCUCUCACAAUGUUAUUCUGUAUUGAUGUAAUGAAACAUAAAUUUGAGAUCAGUUUAUUUACCAAGAGAAUGUCUUAAUAAAAAACAUGUGAUGCUGUUGUUGCAUGCCUUGGCCCUUUCCACUACUACAAGUUUAGUUUACUUUGACAUGUUGGCACAGCCUAUGCAGAUCUGUAACAGAAUCUGUUUUGGAGACAAAUACUCACCUAUGAUGUCUUUAUUCACCUCUUGACCUCAGGUGAUGUUAACGCUAUCAGUGAAAAAGCUGAAAUUCUUCACCUCACACCAAUUACUGCUGAGUACACUGGAGAAAAGACCAACAGACAAGUGGACUUCUGUGACCGCUCCUGUGAUGAGUUAGGAACCAUGUUUACUGAGCUGAGUGGUCUUCGCAUUGUUGUUAAUAACCUGCUGGAUAACCUACAAAAAGUGGUAUGUUUGCUAAGGCAUUUGCGUCUUGCUCUAUGAUGAAACUUGCAGAUUUCGAUGUUCACUUUAGUAGGGAUGGAAUUGAAAGUGUUGAUGGCAACAGGUAGGCUUUGUGAAAGGUUAUACCGAAACAACAUACCUUUGAUUCACAUUUCUUUAAUCAAGAAAUGGUAUGCACCCUUCCCACUGGUGGAUCACAAUGUAUUGUUUACAUAUGCAUUGCUAGCAUCUGUCUUUAUAUAACAUUGUUCAGAAUGACUGUUCAUUGGUUGUCUACUCUUCUGUAUUAUAUAUGUAAAUUUGUCAUGGAGACUUUAAGUAACUAAGGUGCUGAUCCAAUAUACAGAUACUAUACCUGAUCCAAUCUUAUGCUGCUUCCUGCAAUUGUAAAUGCUUCUUCCCAUCACCCAUAAUCUAAAUCCAUUAGUAGUAUUUGUGUUAUUAGAUGGUUCUGUAGGAAUACUGUGAAAAAGUAUGUCUGCUAGGGUUUCCUGAAUUGUCUACAUCCUCUAACAGCAGUCUGGGUUGUUUAGUUAAUCUCUUGAAAGAUAUGGCCACCUCUUGAAUGAUAUCUGGCUCUAAGUUUAAUAUUAUUUUGAAAUUUAACAGUAUCCAAGUUAUUCAUGCAGACUAAACUGGUAAAUGAUUCAUUUCUGUUUCAGUCUGAAGAGAACCAAGUUUUGUGGGAACUGAUCGGGCCUAAUAAAACCCUGAAGAACCAAUCUAUGUGUUGGCAUGAUGGACGUCUUUUUGCAGAUACCGAAGACUGGAUCGUAGACAGCUGCACAAAGUGUACCUGCCAAGUAAGAACCCUUUUUAAAUGAAUAACAAAGUUUUGUGUCAUCUACAAACACUGAAACAUGGCCUUCAAUGCCUAUUUCAAGAUCAUUUAUAAAUAUGUUAAAUAGAAGUGGUCCCAAAACAGAACCCUGAGAGACACCACUUACCACUUUUGUCCAGCCUGAAAAUUUACCAUUAAUGACAACUCGUUGUACUCUAUCCUUAAGCCAAUGUUCUACCAAAGAACAGGAAUAUUCAUCUAGACCAAUUUCUUUUAGUUUGAAGACUAACCUAUUGUGAAGAACUGUAUCAAAUGCCUUGGCAAAAUCCAAGUAGAUCACAUCCACUGCAAAACCCUGAUCUUCUACUUACUUCUUCGUAGAAUGCAAUUAGGUUAGUUUGACAUGACUUAUGUUUCAUAAAACCAUGCUGAUUAUUGCUAAUAACAAAGUUCUUCCCAAGAAAUUCCUGAAUAUUAUCCCUUAAUAGCCCUUCAAAUAUUUCCCAGUCACAGAAGUUAAUCUCACAGGUCUAUAAUUUCCAGGCAAGGAUUUUGAACCCUUUUUAAACAUAGGAAUGACAUCUGCCUUCCUCCAAUCCUCCGGUUCAAUACCUGGAACAAAAUAAUCUUGAAUGAUUAAAUAUGGAGGUUCACUUAUUUCCCCACUUUGCUCCUUAGGUACUCAUGGGUGCCCCAAGCUUUAUUUACAUUAAUUUCCUUUAACUGCUGUAGCACCUUGUCUCAAAUCAUCCAAUUACAAGUUAUCUGCAAGUUUUUUUGCAGCAAUCAUAUGCAUAUCUCUGGACAUAGGAUCCUCAUUAAUAUAUACUGAAGAAAAAUUGUUAUUUAAAAUUUUUGCUCUUUCCUGGUCUUCAUUAACCAACAGACCCAUCUCUGUUUCCAGUUUACCUACACUUUCAUUUUUUGUAAUUUUUUUUUUAGAAUUGAUGUACUUACAAAUAAGUUUGGGGGUUGGUUUUGCAUUUUUUGGCUAUCAAUUUCUUUUUCUAGUUUAGCCACUUUACCUUUUUGCAAGCAUUAUUGGCUACCUUAUAUCUUAUAUAGGAUGCCUCUGAUCUGUCCAAUUUAAAUGCUUUAAAUGCCCUCUUCUUAUUUUUAAUCUCAUGUUUUACUUCUCUACUAAGCCACAUUGGUUUCAAUUUGUUUCUUUUAUAUUUAUUACCCAAUGGUACAUACUGAGAAAUGUACCUUUCUAAUAUUUGUUUGAAUAGUUUCCAUUUAUCCUCAGUAUUUUUUUCACUAAGUAAUUUAUGCAAGUCUAUAUGUUGUAGAGCUGCCCUAAUCUUAUUGAAAUUGACUUUUUUUUAAAUCAUAUGUUUUAGUAUACCCCACAUGCUUUUGCUUUUUUGAGUUUAUUUUUGAGUAUUUUGAGUUAAUUUCCCAAAUGCCCCCUUACCUGAAUGUUGGUUAUAACAAGAUCCAGACAAGCAUUUUUUCUAGCUGGUGCUUGUACCAGUUGUGACAUGAAGGUGUCAUUUAAUACAUUCAUAAACCUGAUUUCCCCAUAAACCUGAUUUAGUCACUCUAUCUAAAUUUUUGUCUGGGUAAUUCAAAUUUCCAAUAAUUAUCGAUUACCCCGAUUUGCAGCUUUCCCAAUUUGCUCUAACAGCUGUUCUUCCUCAUUUAUCUUGGUUCAUGGAUUGCAGGAUAAAACUUACCAGGAAAGGUUAAAGGAACUUAAAAUGUAUAUCUUGGAGGAAAGACGAGACAGGGGAGAUAUGAUCUACUACCACAACAAGAGGACAUAGUCUUAAAUUAGAGACAAAGGUUUAAAAAUAUCAGGAAGUAUUACUUUACUGAGAGGGAAGUGGAUGCAUGGAAUAGCCUUCCAGCUGAAGUGGUAGAGGUUAACACAGUAAAGGAGUUUAAGCAUGCGUGGGAUAGGCAUAAGGCUAUCCUAACUAUAAGAUGAGGCCAGGGACUAAUAAAAGUAUUUAGAAAAUUGGGCAGAUUAGAUGGGCCAAACGGUUCUUAUCUGCUGUCACAUUCUAUGUUUCUAUGUUUCUAUUAAUAUUUACAUUAGGUGGUUUAUAACAUAUCCCAACCAAUAAUUGAUUUCCCUUUGUUUACCCCAAGCAGAUAUCUACCCAUAAAGCUUCCACAUUAUCCUCGCUGCACUCCACAUGAGUAAGAUUUGACUUUAACACAUGGUUGACAUACAAACAUAGCUCACCACCCUUCUUAUUUUGCCUAUCCUUCCUAAAUAACGUGUACCCAUUUAAGUUAACUGCCCAGUCAUGUGUCUCAUCCCACCAUGUUUCAGUUAUGCCUAUUAUAUCAUAUUGUUUAGUGUAUACUACUGCCUCUAGUUCCCCCAUUUUGUUACAUAGGCUCCUUGCAUUAGUAAGCAUACAUUUAAUAUUAUCAUGAGUAAUUUGUACUUUUUGUGAAUUUAUAUCAAUAUUACAUACCUCCUCUGUUCUGAGCUUCCCCUCCCACCAUCUCCACCCCCUUAUACUGAGCUAAAGCCCAUCUCCUUUCCAUCACAUCUCCAUUUUCUAGAUUGCUUUGACCUCCCCCCCACUACUUCUUUAAAUUCUCCUCCAACCUCCUAGCCAUCCUAUCCCCCAGUACAGCAGACCCUCUUCCGUUUAGGUGCAAUCCAUCACGGCUAUACAGGUUGUACCCAAGUGCAAAAUCGUCCCAGUGCUCUAAAAACCCUAAACCCUAUUUCCUGCACCCAGACUUCAGCCACGCAUUUACCUCUCUAUUCUCCCGCUGCCUUUCUGCUGUAGCGCGUCCUUGACGGUGGACAGCUGAAAUCUGAACCAAAUGCUUCAAAUUGGGCCCAAUUUUUAAAAAAUCAGAACUUAUUGCUUGGUGUCAAUGCAAGCAGGUGGGUGCAUGUCUACCUUUUGUAUUUGUUUGUGUAUCUUGCACGUCCUCCACUAAUUGUACAGCGCUGCGGAAUUUGUUUUUGCUUUAUAAAUACCAGUAAUAGAUAAAUAAAUAAAUGAAUAAAUAAAUAAAUACUAAACUUGUAAAACUAGUGACUGGGCAACCAAAAGUGCCCAGUCUCUAGAAUAUCCCAUUUCAAAGGGCCUGUGAAAUAACUGGGGGGACUAUGUGUGUCCAAUGGCCCCACCAGUGGUCAACAAUUGUGGGCUAUUAUAAAAUUCAGGGAGAGAGCCUAGUGCUCUCAUCCAUUGGCUGCAUGUGGGGGCCCUAAUUAUAAUAAUUGAAAGGGAAGACUUAGAGUUCCCCCCCCAUCUCCAUGGAGGUAAGUAGGGUUCUAAUUGUUGAUUAAACAAUAAUGCUUUUGUCCACCCUUCUAAAUAGUGCUAUUUUCCACCCCCUCCUCCCUGGAUGCCUAAAGGUCCCCAAUCUCCUAGCCACCCCAAUAAAAAUAAAUGUCCAUAUUUAUCCCUCUCUCCCUAAUAAUAGUUAGAGGUAGCCAAUAAAACGUACUUGUAAUGUAAAAUUUAUACUUACCCAAUUCACGUCUUUUUUCCCCCUCAAAUUCUUAUCUUCAACAACAGAAAAGGCAACAUAAAUAUCCACCAUCUCAAGACGCAACUCUUCAAUAUAAAAAAAGCCAAUCACAAAAAUUAUAUAGAAAAUAGGAAAAAGGAAAACCUGACACAAUAAAAUAAUCCCUCUUCGUCCCACAAGGACUUACCGCAGACUGAGCUCUCAUAGCAGGGAAGGCCCAUUAUAAAGGGUUUUACAAGCAAUGUCAUCUAUUACAUUUCGCUAUGUAAUAUCAGCUCUGAUUGGUUGAUGGUUUAAGAAAAAAUAAGCAACUCUUCUGAGACUCUUCUAAUUUUCCAAAAAGUCUAAAAUAUCCAGAAAAACAAAAUGUUCAAAAAAAUAAAUCAACUAAAAAUAUGUUGUUUUUUUAAAUCAGUUGUAAAGACUAUAGAUCUCAUAUUCAAACGGCUUUUCCUUCAGAGGUCAGUAAUUCACAACAGUAUAGCAUAAUAAUCCACUCAGGUGAUCUACAGGGUUAUUAACUAAAGUGAAUGCAAAGUGAAUUUUAAAUUUAAGGUCGUAAUAGCGGAACUAGAAGAAUUCUCUAAAUCAGAUAUGCUUUUAGUUCAGCUAUAGUGAUGUCCCGAAUGGUUCGCCACGAACGGUUCGCCGCGGACUCAUCAUUGAGUAAACUUUGACCCUGUACCUCACAGUCAGCAGACACAUUCCAGCCAAUCAGCAGCAGACCCUCCCUCCCAGACCCUCCCACCUCCUGGACAGCAUCCAUUUUACAUUCAUUUUGAAGCUGCAUUCUUAGUGAACUGUCCAGGAGGUGGGAGGGUCUGGGAGGGAGGGUCUGCUGCUGAUUGGCUGGAAUGUGUCUGCUGACUGUGAGGUACAGGGUCAAAGUUUACUCAAUGAUGAGUCCACGGCGAACCGUUCGUGGUGAACUGUUCACGAACCGUUCGGGACAUCACUAUUCAGCUACUCUGGUCUCAAAUUUUAAAUUCAUAUACACUUUACUUUGAAUUCUCAUUUUAGUAAAUAAUCUUUUUCGCCUUGCAAUACUUGAAGUGCAAGUUCAAUCACUGCUAUUUUUAUGCCUUCUCCAAUGCUCUUUGUCAUGGCUACUAGGUACAGAAAAAGUGCUUCUUCUAGGGCUGUAUACUCCAGGCCUCACUGAGCCCUUAUAUGGCCCUGAGGAUAAAAUGGCAGCUACGUGCAUAUGUGUCAUGACACAGCUCUCUCAUGAAGUAAAUCUGUACUAAUUUCAUUACUAAAUGUUUAUUUAUACUUAUAAUACUGAUAGUGUAACAUAUAAUAUUAUAUACAUUUUUUUAAAACCUUAAGUGUAGCUGCUGCUCAUGUGCAGAACAAUAGUAAAAUAUUUUAUAUUUUUAAAUAUCUUUUCAUUGGUGUGGCUUGAAUUUCUAGUGUUCUGUUAUCGUCUUUCUCAUACCAAAGAGAAAAGUGUUUCAAACCUUCACUCAUUAGUCACACCUAAUGCAUGCUGUGUUUGUGUCAGGAAACAUCCCAGAAUAAAUAUUAGAGAAUUUCCUCUCAAUUAUGUAAAAUAGUUUAAUUACUUCUUGUUGUUUUCAGGGGCCCUGGUUCUGACUUUGUAGGAUCUUACCAGAAUGUGCCAAGAGCUAAUUUCCAUAUUUAUUUCUUUUUUGGGUAAAUUUCAGUCAUCAUAUAGUUCCUACUGUACUAUUAACUUUUAUGAAAAAGGCCUGUCUAAUUGUCAAGUACAUAGCUGUAUGUCUAAUGACAAGGCUUGCAUUACUAAAAUUAUAUUGAUAUACUUAUUUAGUGAUAAAUAUGGGAAUAGCUGGAACAUGAUGUGAUUCAAAUUAUUUUAUCUCCCUGUACAGAAUUCAAGGACUGUUUGCCAUCAAAUCACUUGCCCUUCUGUGCAUUGUGCCAGCCCAUCAUUCAUUGAAGGAGAAUGCUGUCCUGUCUGCUUACGUAAGUCAUAAUCACCCCCAUGUUAAUUUGUAUAGAAGAUGCACAUAUGAACAAGCUUUCCUACAACACAUUUUGCUUCUUUACAAUUAGCAUAUGCCUCUGUCCUGUUGUUGGAUCAUAAUUCUCACUACGUCUGAUUUAUUGGUACUAUAUGGGCUUUAUAUUGAAAUGUGUUCUCAUUAGACCUGUUGUAAUUAGUUCGUUUUUGUUACUAAUAAAUUCAGAAUACAUGUACAAUCAAGAAAUAAUGUUUUAAACCCACUUUAAUGUUAUCUGAAAUGCAGCAUUUAAUAAAAUGAUUAAAACAAUGUAAGCGUGUCCUUGGAAAGAAAAGCAGAAAAUUUAAUUAAAAAAAGACAGGAGAGAAUUUAAGAGGACAAUGGCAAACUGAUGUUGCUAGCACCAUGUUUGCAAGAUGCAAACUAUCAAGUGCACUUUGUUAUGGAACUGUGGCAUUAUGUUAAAUGAGCUAAAUAAAGCAGGUCACUGUAUGGAUGAGAGAUCAACUCCAUCUUUGUCUUCACCUUUGUACCGUGAGGUUGGGUAUACAUAGACAGGGUGUAACACAUCCUGGUAAUCAUGUUGUCUUUGUAUUUCUUUUCUCUAGCCAUGGAUAGUGAAACUGGUUGGUCUCCAUGGUCUGAUUGGACAGAAUGCUCUGUGACAUGUGGCUCCGGGACUCAGCAACGUGGCAGAUCUUGUGAUGCUACCAGCAGCACGUGUGCUGGUUCAUCAAUCCAAACAAGGACAUGUAAUCUUGGCAAAUGUGAUAACAGAAGUAAGUGGAAAGGACUGAUAUCAAUGAAGGAUAAUAUGUACUUUACAGUAAUAAAGAGCUUGCUUAUAUUUUAUUUAUCCAAAAUUAAACUGCGAUCAUCUAAAUGUAAUUUAUAAAUAACAAAAUAUUUACUUAGGAAUGUAAUUAAUUUGUCAGCUGAUGUUUAUUUACCCAUUGCGUGCAUUAUUUGAAUCAUUAUUUGUUUAAUUAGGUUGUUUUAUUUUUUGGGGGGGAGGGUGGGGACUGAUUUAUAUUUUGAUGCAGGUGUUGGUUACUAACCCAGAUAAAAAAUGUAAUCCAUAAUAUAAUGAAGAAUGCAUAACGGUGUUUGAAAACUAAAAACAUGCUUUUGUUCUUAAUUGGAAAUAUUGUUGUUUUUUAAAUGUAUUUAUUUAUGCAUUUAUUUAUAAAGCACCAUUAAGAUCUAGUGUAUCUGGUAGAACAUACCAAUAUGAGCAUAGUCAUUAGUAAUAACAGUAUUAUAAUAAAAUACUAUGUAAUAACACUCCAUCCCAAAAAAAUCACAAGCUUUCAUUUUAAAGGAACACUAUAGUGUCAGGAAUACAAACAUGUAUUUCGAACACUAUAGUGCUGUUGUGGCUGUUAAGGUUAGCGGCCCCCUCCGACCGCAGUUAAAAGGUGAUUUAUAUCACCUUUUUUCCCAUGCCACGCCAGUCUCCUGUGGCUGGCCUCACCUAGCUCUGCCUCCAUGGCUUAGAUCAUAAAUUUUAAAUUGCCACACUGCACCAGUCAACAUCUCCUUAUACAGAUUGAAUCAAUGCAUCUCUAUGAGGAAUGUUCAGCGCCUCCAUGUAGAGCGUGGAAAUGCUGAAAUCCAGUGUACCACUGAGUGACUGCCACUAGAGGUGUUCCUACGUAACAAUGUACACAGCCUUUUCACUGAAAAGGCACUGAGUACAUUGAAAAGCCUGCAGGGACAGGCUAUAGACACCAGAACAUUACAUUAACUGUAGUUGUUCUGAUGACUAUAGUGUUCCUUUAAGUUGUAGUAACUUUUGUUGUUGUGGUUUUUGUUUUUUGCUUACAUAGAAAAAUUGGCAGUUGGCUGGGAAUACACAUUUAUGUUGCCUGAUACAUAAAGUUUUAAGUCUUUGUACCUCAAUGUAGUAAAAUAGGGCUGGUGUUACUUUUUGAUUCCUGACCCCUAAAAUUUAGUACAUUUUGACAUCUCUCUUUAAAAACAACUUAAUUAAAUUGAAAAUAAAUUAUGUUUUUUAUUAGAAGUAGUAUUACUAACAAACAGUUUUACAUUGUAUGACUGAAGUAUUUCUAGUCUGUCUGAUUUAGCUGAGAAUGAAUAUUCGUUUGGAGUGGACUGAUAGGUCUAACAAGUACUUUAACAUGGCCUUGAGAAAUACUUAGAAUACUAGAGCAGGCUUUCUGUGUAGACAAUCAUUUUUACUAUGAAGAAACAGCAUUAGGCAGAAUACAGAAUAUUAGUUUACACAAGAUUUUAACUUGACAUCUGCUUUCAAAUCAUGCUUCACUAAAAUAAAGAUAACAGGGCGUAUGAAAUAGGCUGAUUUUCAUAUUGUCAGAUUCACAAAAUAGUUCCCAUCAGACUUUAUUUAUUGUUGUACUCAAGAAAAUAUGGAUUGGAGACAAUCAUGUCUAUACUGUUUACAUUGUAUUCCAUUCAUAAAUAAUUCUAUGAAUCUAAUUAUUAAACUUAAAUAAACAUGUUUUAUUGCGAUAUGAUCUAAAACAACUUUUAAAUAACAUAAACCUAGCAUACAAGUUGCAUAAUAAUGACUCACAUGACCAUGUAUAAUACCUAAGUUGCAAAUUGAGUUAAUACAUGUCUGUGAUUAUACAAAAUCAUGAUACACGUCAAAGCACGAUAAUGUUAUAAUGAUGCUAUAAUCACAUCUAUGAAUAUUUUUUUUUUUUUAGUACGCCAGGAUGGUGGAUGGAGCCAUUGGUCACCAUGGUCAGCUUGUUCUGUAACAUGUGGCAUUGGUAACAUUACUCGUAUUCGCUUGUGCAACUCUCCUAAACCACAGCUGGGUGGACACAACUGCUCUGGAGCAGGGCGUGAAACAAAACAAUGUGAAGGAGUGCCAUGCCCAAGUAAGUUUCUGGUCCUUGGCCACUUGACCACUUUACUAAAAGAGUGAAGCAUGAAUAUUUUUAUUUUCAUGCAUUUUGCAGAAUGGAAUUUAGUCCAUAAAGCUCACUCACCCUUAUUUAACUUUAAGAAUGACUACCAGCCUGUACUGCAAUUAAUUUAUCUACCAGAACCCACUAGUCACUGAUAUAAUGCAAGUUUGCUGAAAAUGUCAACUCGCCCCCUUUCCAAACAGUAAAGGAAGUUUUGAUGUAUGGACUCUAGCAGGAAUGAAUGGACUCUAGCAUUUAAUUUUAUCAUUACAUGAGCAGUCCCUGAUUGAUAAAGAUUGCUAUAGAAAUUUUAAAUACUCUUGUUUUAGAAAUAUAUGAUUUAAUAAUAUUUAUUGCAUGUGGGUAUUAAUGCAAAUACAGACAUUUAUAUAUGUAUUGUAUUGCCAUUCUCCAUAAACUGUAUUAAAGGGACACUAUAGUCACCUGAACAACUUUAGCUUAAUGAAGCAGUUUUGGUGUAUAGAACAUGCCCCUGCAGCCUCACUGCUCAAUCCUCUGCCAUUUGGGAGUUAAAUCCCUUUGUUUAUGAACCCUAGUCACACCUCCCUGCAUGUGACUUGCACAGCCUUCCAUAAACACUUCCUGUAAAGAGAGCCCUAUUUAGGCUUUCUUUAUUGCAAGUUCUGUUUAAUUACGAUUUUCUUAUCCCCUGCUAUGUUAAUAGCUUGCUAGACCCUGCAAUAGCCUCUUGUAUGUGAUUAAAGUUCAAUUUAGAGAUUGAGAUACAAUUAUUUAAGGUAAAUUACAUCUGUUUGAAAGUGAAACCAGUUUUUAUUUUUCAUACAGGCUCUGUCAAUCAUAGCCAGGGGAGGUGUGGCUAGGGCUGCAUAAACAGAAACAAAGUGAUUUAACUCCUAAAUGACAGUGAAUUGAGCAGUGAAAUUGCAGGGGAAUGAUCUAUACACUAAAACUGCUUUAUUUAGCUAAAGUAAUUUAGGUGACUAUAGUGUUCCUUUAAAUCAUUCAGGAUCCUUACAAAUAUAAGCAAGGAAUUUGACAAUGUUGAUUUACAUUUUUUUUUUUUGUCACACCUACUGUUUGUGAGAAUAAUUGCAUUUUUGCUUUUAUACUAACAUUUCAGACUUUGUGAAAUAUUGGAAGAAUAAUGACAAGUGCUGUCUAAAGCAUUUCGUGUCCAAAAUAUUUUUUGUAAAGGCUGAAUGAAUACGUGAAAAAUAAAAAUUGUGUCAAUUUACAUACUUUAAAUUGUUAAGUUUCCCUGCAAAGCAAUCUAUUUGCAAAAUUGCUGUGUUAUUAUAUGUGUACAUGUUGGCUAUGCAUUCCUUGCUACAAUAAAUGUUAUGCUAAGUAGUAAAUGAGUUAAUGACAGUUUUAAAAAAAGAAAAAACUCAAAAGCAAAAUGAGUUAAAUAAUUUGUUAAUAAAUUAACCAAUAUGUAAAAUACAUUUGAAUCUCUCUAAAAAUUGUAUAUUUAGUUAAUGUUGGUUAAUGAGACUAAGCACAUUGACAAGCAGUAUACAGUUAUGUUUGAUUUGCUAAUGUUUUGUUGGAUUUUUGACAUUUUAUAAAAGAGUAAGAUUCUGUACGAAAUGUUCAUACUAAAUAAAUUGUUCACUCUGCUAGCCACAUCUCCUUUUUCAGCAUUUCACCAUUGUAUAAUUGUCUUCCUUUAAGAAAUCUGAAAAGACAUUACAUUCAUUCAGUACAUUCUUGUAUUCUGUGUUUCAGUUAAUGGGAAAUGGGGCCCUUGGUCUCCAUGGUCCAGCUGUAGUGUCACCUGUGGAGGUGGACUACGAGAUAGGUCUCGACUUUGUAAUAAUCCCAAACCACAGUAUGGAGGAAAGAAGUGUGCAGGAGAAAGCAAAGAAAAGGAUAUGUGCAAUAAGCAAGACUGUCCUAUUGGUAUGUAAAUUACACAUAUUUAUAUAAGCCUAAUGGAUAUUGAAGCUUUUUAUUUAUUGAUAUGUCUGCAAAUUAAAAAUGAAGAUAAUUUUUCAGAGUUGUUUAAUCUGUGUAUAAAUAAAACCUUGAAGUGCAUAGUCUGCCCAGAAACUCCAUGGUUCGGUGAGUUUUCCACUGAGUUCAAUAAGAACUAAGUGGAAUAACUUGGAAAGUAAAAAAAAACUCAUCCCACUUAAUGACUGGCAAGUUUGUCCAGUCAAAUUGGCCCUGACUUUGUUGAGAUAGGGAGAGAUCAAAAUGUUGCUAGACAGCAAAUAGACUGCGGGAUUCAGCACAAGGGAAACUUUUAUGAUCCCUUCUGAAUAUAUUUACCUCCUAAAACCAGCCCUAUAUAAUGUCUUAUGUAUACAGUCUAAGUCCAAUACUAAACCCUAAUGUGUUCUAUAAAUCACAUAAGAGUAUUAUAUGAACUGAUAUGAAUUCACACAUGCUGUAUUAAGUCUAAGCCAUGCUUUACAAACCUUUCACCUUGCUGCACUCAAAUCCAACAUCAUACUAAAAUCAAGCAAACAAAAAGAAUCAAACAAAACGAAACGUAUAAUUGAUGUCAAACAAUGUCAGAUGAAUAGAAAUGAAAGAUGAUGAGUAUAUUGUUUCAGAUUUGCUUACUGAAACUUUUUCAGCAGUCUGCCAUGAUACAGUCACGGCACCGCUGUACAGGAGUGUGGUUCCAGACCCAGCAGGCACACUUAGUUGCGUCACAUUACCACGAGGUAUCGGCCGUACCUCAGCUGCAGCCUUGUCUAAAAGCAUUAGAGACCUGGCUGUUGGGCACUAGAGCCUUUUAUGUUUUUUAUGUGUCUUCCCCAUUUUAACGCUGGUCAAAUUUGCAUAUGCUGUAAAGUCAAUGUCACACACUCAUGUUCCGACAUCAAAUGACUGCUAUUGGCCAAUCAGAGCUGUUGGGGUAUUGACACUCAUAUUAAUUAUAUCUCAGUGCCCUGUCAUGAUUUCCUGUUUGGUCAUCUAAGAGAGAGUUAUUUCUAUCGAUUCUUGUGUAUUUUGGCUUGGCUUGUUCUUUGACUAUUCUGACUUCUGUAUCCCUUGAUCUUUGUCUUGUCUACCGUUUAUGUAUAUUUUGUUUCCCUGACCUCUGCUUGGCCUGUACUUUUCUAAAAUAAGGUCUAAGGUCCUGUCAUACAUUUUAGGGUUUCUUAUGUAUAUUAUAUAUGUUAACCUAGGUCAUGCGUGUUGGGUAUUAGACUAUCCUGACAUACAUAAGUCAAAUCAUAAUUAUUACAAAUUUUAUUUUCUAUACUAUAAGCUAAAAUAAAACAAUGUCAUCACAGAAAUCACCUUACAGUGCUCAACACAGCAAUAUUUAAGUGAACUAGCAUGUCAGAUAAAUUAUUUUAUGAUCAUGUAGGACUCCAGGAAAAACAAGAUCCGGUUACCUAUGACUCAUUGUGCAUUAAUAUGAGACAUUGUGAAGAAUAAUUGCCUUGGGUAGUUGUAGCUAAAUAAGGAACCUUUAUUUCAUGGUUAAAAUGUUAUUAAAUAUGCUUUAUUACUAAAAUAUUAUAUUACUGGUGAUAAAUAUAUCACUGAUUUUAUCUCCUUUUUCACUCAUAGGAUACACUAGAUUACAUAGACAGUGUAAAAUAUUUAUUGAGAAAUACAAUACUAUCCUUUGAUUUUAUUAGUUUGUUUACUCUUCUGCAUUUUGGCAGAACAGAUAUUAAUCCUCUGUUAAUUAAGGCGUUGUUUCAAUAUAUAAAAUCUUUACACAGACAUAAAGUACAUACAAAUAGAAAUUAGUUUCACAUGAGCAUACUGCAACAGCACGCUGAGAUAAAACCAUAUACCUUCGUAAAAUAUACAGCACUUUUUACUGCAGCAUAAAAUCAUGCAGACUACAAGGAGGGACUAAAGCAAAACAAAAAUAUAACAAGUGUAUACUUAUUUUCUGACUGGCUGCUUAGCACGUCUGUGCAGUUGAAAUAUAGAUGCAAUUGAAUUAAUGAUCUGCAUAUGCACAAAUGAGAAUUAAAAAUGCAGCACAAACGGAUUUAUUUGCACCUUUGUGCUGGAGGGCUAGUUACACCCCUAAUAUAUGUAACUUUGGCAGCUAGGAUCUCUGUUAUGGACUGUCAAAUGUCAGUUCUGUGCAUAAGAUAAGUUCGUCAUCAGUUAGCUUCUGUCCCCUCCAUCUCUCCAUCCCUCCCUCCAUGCAUUAAGCUCACCCGCCUCACAGUGAGCUCAAUUAUUAUUUUUUUGACUAUCCCUUUCUGCCUGAACACUUCUUCCUUUCCUUUGCCUGUUCAGAGCAGAGUAUGCGCUCUGAGCAAAUCGAUCCAAUCACAAGAGGACCCUGUGGUUGGACCACCGAGUGCAGGGAUGACAUUAAUUUAGGAGUGGAGCUCAGCACCAGGAGCUUCUCCAGACACUGUAAAGUUUUUAAAAAGCCUUUUUACUUUUUUUAAGGCGGAAAAACCUGCCUUGAAAUGCCCAUUAGUUAAAACAAACAAAGAAAAAAACUUAUGAGUGAAAAAGGCUUGGGUAGCUCUUGAGCCAUGAUUUUCACAUAUGAGUUCAAACAUUUCAAAAUAACUAAAAUCAUCAUCAGAUUUUUUUUUAGUGAGGUGAAAGUACGCUUUGACACCCAUACCUUUAUGGUCCAUGCCAUGCCUCCCCAUACAUUUCUGCCAUUUUAAAUAUCUGCAGGGUAGUUUUCUGGUUAAGCUUUCAUUUAGUCAUUCCUCCGCUCUACUCAAUAAGACAGAUACUAUUUAUCACAAACUAAUAAAACAGCUUUGGCUGUUAAUUACAAUAGCUAAAUUUCAUCAUCCAACCACACGUAUCCUAUGUUUCUCAUCACAGAUUAUUUUUCAUGUUUACUCUUUUUUAGAAAAAGAAAUUCAUGAGAACUUUCAUAAACUUUCAGCCAACUCACUGUUUUUAACAUUGGAAAUAAUGUUCUCCUUCUGGAAACUCUUGUUCCGCUGGAGGAAUGUUAUUUUUUAUGUCUCGUGUGAGUUCGCACAGGAGGUGAAAAUGUGCUGAUUUUUUUUUUUUUACCUGUCUUUUGCCAGAAGAUUUCUGCCAUUACUAUGCAAUAGUGAUAGUACUAAGAGGAGAUCAAUGGCAAUAGAUUUAAAGAAAAAUAAAAUAAAUAAAAUUAAAGCUUUUGUUUUUAGCAACAUAAAAGCGCUGCGGAAUUUGUUAGCGCUUUAUAAAUAAUAUUAUUAAUAACAAAGCAAUUUACAUAUAUAUCAAUGCAUAUAUUAAUUUUAAAAAAAUAAAUCUAGUCUGUUUAUUUGAUAUUAGUUCAUGAUGUUGCAGAUGUGUAUUAUUCAUUAUGAAAUGUAUUCUUAUGCUAUUUUGUAUAUAUGUUUUAGAUGGAUGUUUGUCCAACCCAUGCUUUCCUGGAGCAGAAUGUAAUAGCUACCCUGAUGGCUCAUGGUCUUGUGGAGCAUGCCCUGUAGGCUAUCUUGGUAAUGGAACAUUCUGUGAGGAUCUGGAUGAGGUAAAUCUUGCAAGCAGUUAGCAUAGAAUGUAUUUUAGCAACAUGUUAAAUUUAAUAAAUCUGUUCUCUUAAAAAUAUUAAAUAAAAUCUAUUUGUAUUGCAGUGUGCAUUGGUAACAGAUGCCUGUUUUAGGCUAGGAGGACUUCAUCGGUGUGUGAAUACAGAACCAGGUUAUCACUGCCUUCCAUGUCCACCUCGGUACAAGGGUAAUCAGCCUUAUGGAGUUGGACUUGAAAUAGCCAAAAAAGACAAGCAAGUAAGUCUAAAACACUAAUUUGGUAAUUACUUCCAUGUUAGAAUGCAAUUAAAGAAUGUCAGUCAAAGUAAGGAGGAAGCCUCCCUAACACUUUCACAGUCCUUAGGGGCAUCUAAGAUAUGCAUGUCAUCAUUUGUAAAUCGGGUCAUAUUACUUUCUUCCUGUUAGAUUGAUGACAUUGUGACAGCUAUCUACCAUUUCAUGAGGAAGACUGUAGGAUUUUAAAUGUAAAGCAUCUGUCAUAACAAAAAACAAAAACACAGUUCAUGGGUGGGAGGUCUAAGGGUAAUAGGGAGGAGAAGACUAGACUAGAAUCAACUUGGUACAUCUGCCUUUUUAGCAUAUUGAGGUAAGAUUUAUAGUCUCCCAUAUAUUGACGGUAACAUUAAUUUCUCACAUUUAUAUAAAUGUGAUUUAUUUAUUUUAGGAAUGCGAACAUGUAAACCCAUGCAAAGAAAAAACUCAUAACUGCCACAAAUAUGCCGAAUGUAUCUACAUUGGUCACUUCACCGAACCAUCCUACAAAUGCGAAUGUAGAACGGGUUAUGCUGGUGAUGGUAUCAUCUGUGGAGAAGACUCUGAUCUGGAUGGAUGGCCAAAUAAUAACUUAAUCUGUGCCGCAAAUGCUACUUACCACUGCAGUAAGGUAAGUUAAUUAAUUGUGGAAUACAAAAGUGAAUAUAUGGUGCUUAUCAGUGUGACAAAUUUAAAAGUAGGACAAAUUAAUAGAUGCAGCAGCAACCUUAUGUAUUGCAAAGACCCAAUAAAACAUCCUCUACCUAUAAGGCAUUAAUUUUACAUGUAAGGUACGUUGAAGGCCUAUUUUAACCUCUUAACUAUCACUCACAUACAAAGUAUACUAUGGUAUGAAAGGAUUUGUUUAACCCUUUGUCAUGAUGAGGUUAAACUAUAGAAUCUAUUCACUAAAACUUGAAAAUGUCUCCUGUCAGUGCAGACAGUCGCUAACAAUAAGUUAGCAUCAGCUUGAGUACUCUUGGGACUGAUACUAAGUGGGUGAGUACUGGUCAGUUUGCUCUAACAAGUUAAAUAUUAACUCUCCUGAUGUCUGCAAAAUGCAGCUGCCAAGUUGUUUUUGUCAUAUAGGUGUCAAUUUUUCUCAGGUGAACAUCAAUGAGGCCUCAAAACACAACAGAGAAUGUGACAAAUUUGCACCACACACAAAUCCAAAAGUGGUGCUUAAUAGUGGAUGUAUAUGAGCUAAUCUUUUCUUUUCUUUUGAAAUUUUUACCAUACAAUAAAAAAAAUAUUUUAAACUCAGCUGACAAAUUUUAUAUUGCUGACUGAUAUUAUAUUACUGUAGCACUGUAUAUCAUUACCAACUGUCAAUCAGAGAGAAGAAGGGAACAUAAGAGUUCAAGAUACAAGAGAUUAAAUGGACAUUAAAGUCAUUCAUCUCAGUGAAGUGGUCUGGGUGCAGUGGUCCUGUAUGUUUUGCAGAAAGGGCAAUGUUUACCUUAAAUAGUUAAAAAUGUCUUUAGGGGCUGUCAUACUUACAGUCACUAGAGAUGCUUCUGCUGCACUGACCGAGUAAAGCAUGGAUGUGUGCAACACUUGCUGUGCAUGUGCAUCAGGUCCCCAAUGCUCCUCUGAGGAGAUUGGAUUGGACUAUUGCCAAUAGAGAAGAAUAAUGUCACGGGAGGUGGCGAGGUGGGCUGCUCUGAGGGAGUCUCGGCACUUGAAAAAGGUGAGUAAAUCCCUUUCUUUUCUCAAUUUUAUUUAGAAAAAUUGGGAAUGACCUGUAUCUUACAAGGUACAUGGGCACUAUAGCAUUAAAAAUACAGUUAUGUAUUCCUAACGCUUUAUUGUUCCUUUAAUAUUGAUCUCAUAAAAGAGCAGCUGUACAUUGUCAUUGUUUGCACACUUGAAUUUUAAAUCUACAUUAGUGAAUUUUGUUGUUUUGUGUUUUGGUUUUGUUAGGAGACUUUUUCCUUACUUAUUUUUCUUUAUUCAACAGGAUAACUGCCCUCUUCUACCAAACUCAGGGCAAGAGGACUUUGACAAAGAUGGCAUCGGUGAUGCUUGUGAUAAAGACGAUGAUAAUGACGGUGUUGAUGAUGAAAAGGUGAGUGCACAUAUAUAGCAUAUUCAAAGUAUUUAACAAUGAAAUAUGAUCAUUUUCUCCAAAUUUUGAUUGCACAGUUCUUCACAAAAAUUAUUAUAUCUCUUUUACCAGGAAAACAAGAAUGAGAUAUUGUUAACCCUGUUCAGUAGGCAUAUUGAUGUACAUUAUUAUGAUUACUAGUGGACAGUGCUUUUAUUACUGCACCUUGUUUGGUAAAAUAUUGGAUGCAGUGAAAUAAUAUAUUUUGUUCAGUAAAACUGAAUAUAUUUGCCCAUGUUUUAGUAAAUUGGAUUAUUCACUAAAGUGAGAAUAUAAUGUAGAUUUCAAAUUUAAGCCUAGAGUAGCUGAGUGGAAAUCAUCAACAUUUUGGACCUGAUCCCAAUUCUUUCUCAAGACCGGAUCCAAAAUGUUAAAAAUGCACAAAUAAAAGUUAUUUUUAUUUUUUCAAGUGAUAAAGUCAUACAGGGAGUGCAGAAUUAUUAGGCAAGUUGUAUUUUUGAGGAUUAAUUUUAUUAUUGAACAACAACCAUGUUCUCAAUGAACCCAAAAAACUCAUUAAUAUCAAAGCUGAAUAUUUUUUGGAAGUAGUUUUUAGUUUGUUUUUAGUUAUAGCUAUGUUAGGGGGAUAUCUGUGUGUGCAGGUGACUAUUACUGUGCAUAAUUAUUAGGCAACUUAACAAAAAACAAAUAUAUACCCAUUUCAAUUAUUUAUUAUUACCAGUGAAACCAAUAUAACAUCUCAACAUUCACAAAUAUACAUUUCUGACAUUCAAAAACAAAACAAAAACAAAUCAGUGACCAAUAUAGCCACCUUUCUUUGCAAGGACACUCAAAAGCCUGCCAUCCAUGGAUUCUGUCAGUGUUUUGAUCUGUUCACCAUCAACAUUGCGUGCAGCAGCAACCACAGCUUCCCAGACACUGUUCAGAGAGGUGUACUGUUUUCCCUCCUUGUAAAUCUCACAUUUGAUGAUGGACCACAGGUUCUCAAUGGGGUUCAGAUCAGGUGAACAAGGAGGCCAUGUCAUUAGAUUUUCUUCUUUUAUACCCUUUCUUGCCAGCCACGCUGUGGAGUACUUGGACGCGUGUGAUGGAGCAUUGUCCUGCAUGAAAAUCAUGUUUUUCUUGAAGGAUGCAGACUUCUUCCUGUACCACUGCUUGAAGAAGGUGUCUUCCAGGAACUGGCAGUAGGACUGGGAGUUGAGCUUGACUCCAUCCUCAACCCGAAAAGGCCCCACAAGCUCAUCUUUGAUGAUACCAGCCCAAACCAGUACUCCACCUCCACCUUGCUGGCGUCUGAGUCGGACUGGAGCUCUCUGCCCUUUACCAAUCCAGCCACGGGCCCAUCCAUCUGGCCCAUCAAGACUCACUCUCAUUUCAUCAGUCCAUAAAACCUUAGAAAAAUCAGUCUUGAGAUAUUUCUUGGCCCAGUCUUGACGUUUCAGCUUGUGUGUCUUGUUCAGUGGUGGUCGUCUUUCAGCCUUUCUUACCUUGUCCAUGUCUCUGAGUAUUGCACACCUUGUGCUUUUGGGCACUCCAGUGAUGUUGCAGCUCUGAAAUAUGGCCAAACUGGUGGCAAGUGGCAUCGUGGCAGCUGCACGCUUGACUUUUCUCAGUUCAUGGGCAGUUAUUUUGCGCCUUGGUUUUUCCACACGCUUCUUGCGACCCUGUUGACUAUUUUGAAUGAAACGCUUGAUUGUUCGAUGAUCACGCUUCAGAAGCUUUGCAAUUUUAAGAGUGCUGCAUCCCUCUGCAAGAUAUCUCACUAUUUUUGACUUUUCUGAGCCUGUCAAGUCCUUCUUUUGACCCAUUUUGCCAAAGGAAAGGAAGUUGCCUAAUAAUUAUGCACACCUGAUAUAGGGUGUUGAUGUCAUUAGACCACACCCCUUCUCAUUACAGAGAUGCACAUCACCUAAUAUGCUUAAUUGGUAGUAGGCUUUCGAGCCUAUACAGCUUGGAGUAAGACAACAUGCAUAAAGAGGAUGAUGUGGUCAAAAUACUCAUUUGCCUAAUAAUUCUGCACUCCCUGUAUGAUUACACACUUCUUCAAUACUUCUGCAUUUUAUAUAUAUAUUCUGUAUAUCUUACAUAAUGAGAUUGUGCAGUACACAUUAUAGUGUUAUAACCCAUACUGUGACAAUUGUUCCUGCACAAACCGAUUUCAUCUGUUGGAGAUCACGUUGAGCAUAAAAGAGAUCUGUAAAUGUUUUACUAUUGCCAAGUGAUUGCUUCAUUCUAUAGGGACAGAUAUACAUAUUUAAAGUGUGCCAAAAUAAACAUUUAAUUGCUGUUUGUUCACAUCCUGACUCCUACAUGGUUUCUCUAUCAGUGAGUCAGACUAGAUCUGGCCAAGACACAUAGCAAAAAUGCAUAAUCUUUUUAAUUUUUUUACUCUGCUGUUCUGUUUUGCAAUUAGUUAUUGGUUCUCAAGACUAUUUUACAGUACAAUGGUUUCCCUGGAGGCAACAUAUACUUUUAAAUUUUGAAAGUACAGUCUAUUUCACAUUCACAUUAUAACAUUAUCUAAGCUCUAAAAUGGGCUCCUGUGGCUUAAAGUCAACAAAGAAUGCAGACACUUACUAGAGAUACCAAGAGACAGAUUUACCUUCAAGCACUGCAAAGUACACCUGGGAUACCCAAGCAACUGAUAUCUCUAAAAGUAGUACUUAAACCUUAAGUUUUAAGUAGUGUGUGGCAAAUGUAAUGGGCCGAUUGUGAUAUGUAUAUUCACCCUGGGUCUUUAGUUUAUUUGGAUGUGAUGCAUUUUUGCAGGAUAAUUGUGCACUGCUGUACAACCCUCGCCAGUUUGAUUAUGACAAGGAUGAAGUCGGUGAUCGCUGUGAUAACUGUCCCUACGUGCAUAAUCCUGCACAGAUUGACACAGAUAACAAUGGAGAAGGAGAUGCCUGCGCUGUGGAUAUUGAUGGAGAUGGUAUGUUAUCAAUCCAAAUUCCAUUAGGAAAGUUUUAAACCUCCCUUAUGGCAAUGUGGAGUCUUAUUGACACCCAGGCUUUUCUUUGAUUUAUUUUUAACUAUUUAAUGUGGUGGCUGACUAGCAAACACUGGCCAGCCACCACCCAUUAGGAUGCAGCGUGUGUGUAGAGUGAAUGUCGUGUGUGUAGAGUAGAUGCAGAGUGCAUUAUGUGCAGUGUGUUUAAAGUGGAUGUAGAGUGUGUUUUGUAGUGGAUGUAGAGUGUGUUUUGUAGUGGAUGUAGAGUGUGUUUUGUAGUGGAUGUAGAGUGUGUUUGUAGUGGAUGUAGAGUGUGUAUGUGUGUAGUGAAUGCAGUGUGUGCAUCAUGGAUGUGGAGUAUGUGUGCAGUGACUGCAGUAUGUGUCUGAGCAUAGUAGAUGCAUAAUGUGUGUAAAGUGGAUGCAUAGUGUGUUUGUAGUUGAUUCAGUGUGUGCAUGUAGUGGAUACAGUGUGUAUAGUGGAUGCAGAAAGGAUGUAUAGUGGAUGCAGAGUGUGUUUGCAGUGGAUGCAGUGCUUGUGUAUAGUGUGUUUUUGUAUGUGCAGUGUGUGUUUGUGCAAUGGAUGUAGUGUGUAUACAGGAUGCAGAAUAUGUUUGUGUAGUAGACGCAGAGUGUUUGUAGUGGAAGCAGUGUGUAUAUAUAGUGGAUGCAGAGAGUGCGUGUGUAUAGUGGAUGCAGUCUGUGUGAGGGUGUGUUUUGUGGAGGCCAUAUGUGAGGAUCUGUAAUGAAUGCAGUGUGUGUGUAGUGGAUGUAGUGUGUAUAUAUAGUGUAUGCAAUGUGUGGGAUGGUGUUUGUAGUGGUUGCAUUGUGUGCAUUGUGAUGGUGUGUGUAGUGGAUGCAGGGAGGGUGUAGUGAAUAUAGAGUGUGUGUGUUGAAUGAUGUGUGUUUAUAUACUGUAGUGGAUAAGCACGUACUAGUGUAAUGGAUGCAGUGUGUGUCUGAGUGUAGUGGAUGCCGGGUGUAUAAUGGAUGCAGGUAGUGGAUGCAGGGUGUGUAGUGAAUCUAGUGUGUGUGGUGAAUGCAGUUUGUGUAGUUGAUGCAGUGUGUGUCUGUGUGUAGCGGAUGCAGGGUGUAUAAUGAAUGCAGAUAGUGUGUGUAGUGGAUACAGUGUGUUUUUGUGUAUUGAAUGCAGGGUGUGUUGUGGAUGUAGUGUGUAUAGUGGAUACAGAGGAUGUUUGUGUAGUGAAUGCAGUGUGUUUUGUGUAGUAGAUGAAUUGUGUACUGUAUAGUGAAGAGGCGGUCCAGCAAACGAUUGUAUUUGGUUUUAGUAAAUAUAAGAAUUGCCAUUGUGGUCUGCAUCCGGUCUUUUUUACUGGGUUUUAUGCAUCUGGACAAAUGUUUAGUGAAUAAUGUGUUAAUUAAAUUAGGAUGUGAUGCUCUGAGAUCGUUGGCUUAGAUUAUCAAGGAUAAUGUUGUUUAAUACUCAGAGUGUCCCUUUAACAGGGACACAUUGUUGUAUUUUAAAAGUUUAUAAGUAUUGUAUAUUUCAGAUGAAUGUAAUGCUAUUUUUUAAAAUGACAAGUACUUGGUAGUGUAUGGGGUUAAUAUCCCCACAAAAUAAUAAAAUAGAUUGUCCUUUUUUACCUCUCUUUUAGACAUAUUAAAUGAGUUGGAUAAUUGCCCAUAUGUAUAUAAUACAGACCAGAUUGAUACAGAUAAAGAUGGAGUUGGUGAUCAAUGUGAUAACUGUCCACUAAUGCACAAUACAGACCAGGUAAAGUAUGCUAUGAAUACUGAGUUUGUAAGAAAAAAGAAUGUUUGCAUAAACAUUAUAUUUCAGUAAUCGCAAGGAGUUGCUAAAUAUCUGCCUUAAAAUUGCCAUGGAGUUCCUUGUAAACAGCAUAACAGGCUAAUUAAGUGUUUGACAGUCUCCAGGUCUGAAUGCAAUGAAAGAUAAUUUGGUUUAUGGUUUAACCCAGACAUUAGCUUUGGAAUGCAGAAUGCGUGUGUGCCUUCAAGCUGAAUAGGGAAAGUCAAUGGCAGUCAUUCACAGCCCAAGGGCUUUGUUUGGGCAAGACAGUUCAAUGUGAAAUUCAGAGCCUCAAAUUUCUUUUUAAGAAUGCCUCACAUACAAACUCAGCCUUGUGUAAAUUACAAAUACCUAUUGUGCAUGUGGAUAUUACAAUCUCUUAUAGUCAGUUAGUGGAAGUAAUGUUGGUUUCCAUUAUACACCAAUGUUCUGACAUUCUGAAUAAUUAGGGCCAUGUAAAUAUAGUUAGAAAGCUUGAAGAAUUUAGAGCUGUAAUUAAAUUUGGAGAAAAAAAAUAUAAAUAAAUAUAUGCUGUUCUGUGCUUGCAUAUGCACUUAUUUGAAAAUUUAAAAGAUGCAAUCUCUCUCUGUAUAUAUAUAUAUAUAUAUAUAUAUAUAUAUAUAUAUAUAUAUAUAUUAUAGAUAUAUAUAUAUAAAUAUCGGUUACACAAUGCCUUGUGUUAAAUAGUACAAGCAUUCUUCACCUGAAAUUUAUCUGACAUUACGAAUUUCAGUAGCUGAUUACAGUAACAGAAACAUAAGGGGCUUCAUAGUAACUAGAGUAGUGUAUAUAUAUAACUGCUUCAAAGAAAAAUAAACCAAACCUCAAAAGUAUGAACAGAAAAUUAUGGAAAUGUCAACUAUGGGCUCAAUUUAUUAAACUUUUCAGGUGAUUCAAUACUGCUGGGAAAACUUUCUAAAUUACUUAGCAAGUAAGUUACCAUAGACGUUAAUGUGACUACUGUAGAUAAAUCACUUGGAAGUUCUGUCUAGGUAUUGAGUCAUCAGGAUUCCAGCUUAUUAACGUCCCUGCCAGGGGAGUUGGACCCUCUGAUUCCACUGAUGAGGUCUAUAGGUUAGUUGAGGUUGGAAAGCUUAUUAAAUUAAGGCCAAUACUAGGAAGCAGUAAUACUGUUUUAGGGCUUAUAAAAUAAGAGGUUCCCCGAAUGGUGUACUGCUCUCCAAUCCAAUUACUCUUGGAUAAAAGAGUGGUAUCUACAGACUGCCUUGACAUCUUUCCCAAUCCCAUGUUGUUUGGAGGUAAAAUAUUAAUAGAUAAAAGAAGAGGUCACCAGGAUCCUCUGUUUAAUAGGCUUAUAGCUUCUUUUAAUUAAUUAGAAUGACAUUUUAUGGAUUUUUCAAUAAGCACAAUUCAUUAUUUAUGUUUGCUAUCAUUUAAACGUAACUGUUAUUAUAGCAUUAUUUAUAGCAUGCCAGUUCAAUAACUGUUAUUACUGAUAGUUGAGUGCAUUGUCAGUUCUCUUUUAUGGUUAUUUUUAGUUAUAUAGUAUCCCCAGUAAAACUUUCUCUUGAAUUUAACUUUUCCAGGUGACUGUGGUAUUUUGUACCAUAUGUAUGUUGUGUACACAGCUGCAUUUUGGUCCUCCCUAAAUUCGUGUCUGCGUUUACUUUUAGGCUGAUGUGGAUAAUGACCUUGUGGGAGACCAGUGUGACAAUAACGAAGACAUUGAUGAAGAUGGAUACCAGAACAACUUGGACAACUGUCCCUAUAUUCCCAAUGCAAACCAGGCAGAUCAUGAUAAGGAUGGUAGAGGUGAUGCUUGUGAUUCAGAUGAUGAUAAUGAUGGUGUUCCAGAUGACAGAGACAAUUGUAGGCUGGUUCACAAUCCUGAUCAAAAGGACUCUAAUGGUAAGACAAUAUUAUACAAUUAUUUUUGCUAUAUUGUGGGUUAAACAGAUAUACCAUUAUACAAUGUACCAGUCUUUUGAAAGUCAAAAUAUUAUUAUUAUUAUUGCUAUCAUUUAUAGUAGGAACAAUAUUUUCUACUGUUCUUUACAUUGUGGAAUAGGGAUACCUGACAACAUUUAAAUAACAAAGAUGAGAGGUUAACUAUCUAUUACAUGUUGAAAUAAAUUGUAUAAAUUACAUAUUAUGACACAUGACUUUAUUGGGACUUUUUUUUUUGGUGUAUAAAGUAAUCAGUAUAGAAAGAGUUCAUUACUGUUACUGCUAUCAGAUUAUCAAUUUUCAGGAUUGAUAACUUUCUUAUUUGUUUUUCAACUCUAUAUUUAUUUAGCUGAAGAUGCAAAAUGGAGCUGUCCUGCAUACCAAGAAUUAUUUAGCUUUGUAAAAGGCUGAAUGCUUUAAAUCCCUUAAGGACCAAAUGUCUGGAAUAAAAGGGAAUCGUGACAUAAGGGGUUAAGCAUUAAGGGGUUAAGCAUUGCAACUUUGAGAGUUUCAUGUUAUCAGGAUCAGCUGGAGCAUGACAAAUAGGCUAAAGGUGUAGAGAGGUUGCACAACUUCCAUCUAAAGUUUUUUUCACAUGUGUUUUGCAAAUUUCCCUCUGGCGGUCAUUUUUCUUAGAACACGUUACAGAUAGCAUGAGAUUCUCCUAGACUAAGUUGCAGUUGGGAACUUUCCAUAAUCUUUUUUUAAUUACUCUAAAAUAAAAAGGUAUAAAACUCUACUUACAAAUUGUAUUUAUUACAGCAAGCAUGCAUCUACCUUUUCAUCAUUUUUCUAAAUGUAAGGGUCAGACUGGCAAAUGUUUAAUACGUCACACACUUUUUUAGCACUUUUCAAUUUUUCAUGAAACUAUUUGUUGUUUUUUAAGCAAGAGAUUAUUCAAAACAAAUGUCACUCAAGGCCACUUACAAGAGUUCCGGGCUGGCUAAUAUCAAGUCUGUAAAAAAAAUUGGCAUCUGAUGCUAGCAUUAGAAAGCCAAUAAUGUCACUCAUUCCCAUUCCAAACUGCCCCUCUUUACCCUUCAGCCAGCAGAGGGAGAACUUGGCUUAGAGCUGGGUGACUUUUAACAUGUAUUUUUUUCAGUAUGGGGGUUGUGGGUGAGUUGGAAGGGUUUCUCCAACCUUAAAACAAUGUUGAGUAACCCUUUAAGUAAAGAUAUCUUGAGAAAUAGUUCUGCCUUCAUGCAUUUCAGAACUUAAUGUGGAUUAGCAAAAUAAAUAGUGUGCGAAGAGUGUGUCAAUUUUUAGUUUCACUGUUACAUUCCUUUUUUCUUUGCAUUUUUGUUCAUUGACUGUUCACUUAAAGAAAGAUACUCAAUUUUCACUUCAAAACGCAUAUGGCCCUAAGCUUAAUUUUUGAUUUACUGUAUAUUUUCCUGAUAGAGAAGCCACAAGGGAAUGUGUUUAAUAUUAAAUUUCCAUCAUGGAAUGUUGCUACCGGCAGCCUUGUCAAGGAUAAAAGGCCUAUAGUGGUCAAAGUUAAAUAACAUACUUUGCCAAAAUAUAAUGAAUCAGGAAUAUCUGACUUUACCAAGUAAUCCCAGCCAGGAUUAUGGGAUGCAGGGCCCAUAGAUUAAUACUACUCUCUUAUGGUUUAUUUGACUACAACUGUCACAUACAAUAAAUCACUGUGAGAAGCAUGCCGCAGUUUGUGUUUUCAAUAGCAUACUGACAGAUGCACCAGACCAGUGGCUGGAAAACCUCAUUAGUUAACUUGUCUGUAUGCAAGCAGCAAUUUAUUAAAAUGUAUUAUUUAUUAAAAUGUAUGUCUUACAUGAUAUAUAAAAUUAAAGUAUUUUACUAAAAACAUUUAUUUUAUUUUUUAUUUUUUAGGCGAUGGCCGAGGUGAUGCCUGCAAAGAUGAUUUUGAUAAUGACAGCAUACCUGAUAUCUAUGACGUUUGUCCAGAGAACAGUGGAAUUAGUGAGACUGACUUCAGGAAAUUCCAGAUGGUUCCAUUGGAUCCUAAAGGGACAGCUCAGAUCGAUCCUAACUGGGUCAUUCGUCAUCAAGGCAAAGAGCUAGUGCAGACUGCUAACUCUGAUCCUGGCAUUGCUGUCGGUAUGUUAAACUUUGUGUUUAGUAGCAUUGUGAAAUGCAACGCAAUUCCACCUACUAAUUUUGAUAUUAUUGUAUUACUUUAAACAGCCAUGUUCAUUCAUUAGAACCAUUAACUUAUAUAUUCUACAAGUAUAUACAAUUGAACUAGAAUACUGGAUAUUUAUUUUGGUACUUAAUACUUGUCAGUGAUUCUUAUGAAAAGUAACAACUGCCUAUCCAGCUGCCUUGGCUCAAAAUUUUAAAAUUAGGUUUAUUUAUAUAAAAAUCCUUGUGGGGCUUCAAAAAGCACAAUUUUUUACAUCCGUUAACAGAGCCAGAUUUACAAGCCAGGUGCCUUUAGACACAGAAUUAUAAAGCACCCUCAACCCUCCUCCCCCAACACAAAUUGCAGAUUAAGUGAGUUUAAUGUAUUUAUUAAUACAUUUAUUAACAGGACAGUUCAAGCAUAAAACAAAUCUAAAAAACAUAUAUUCAAAUGUAGCAACUGUCUAUGUAUGUACGAGCAUAUCUCUACUUGUAAUGUAUUGUGAAUCUGUAAGGGUAUGCAGCUGUCUAAAUGUGUGUUGGGUUAAAGAUAAUAUUAGUUGUGGUUAGGGUAAAGGGGGGUUAAGAUUAUAAAGGGGUGAAUAACAGAGUUAGAUUACCUAGGAUGUGUUCAGUGGUUAGUUGUAACAGAAUUAAAAGCUUGAGUGGGGUUAUAUAUGUCUCAUAUGGGAUAUUUAUAAUUAGGGUUAGAGUGGGGUUACAUUUUAUACUAUGGUGCAUGGUGUGUUUCAUUUUUAAAAAGAUUAAGGUAAAACAAUUUGUUUCAGGUUUAACCCCUUAAGGACACAUGACAUGUGUGACAUGUCAUGAUUCCCUUUUAUUCCAGAAGUUUGGUCCUUAAGGGGUUAAGCUUUGAGUUCUUAAAUUUGAAAAGAGUUUGUUUAGGUUAUAUAAAGGGGUAAAUUUGGGGCAUGUGAUGUUUGAAGGGUUAUAUGCAGAGAACUCUCUAAUAAUUUAUAUCAGCAUUGCAGAGGCACAAGCGGCCAGUAUAGGUAUUUUCCCACUUCCCUCAUAUAGGUAUAGUACCAAAUUAGUUUAGUUUACCUAGAUCGUUGGUUUGCAGCUGUCAGAGUGUUAGGCCAGACUGUGAGCUCCAAUCUGUAGCGUGUAUACUACCCUGUUGCUACUUUUGCUAAUUAAUAAAUUGAAACUUUCCUUCACUUGAUUACUGCUCUGUUUCUGUUUCUCUGUUUCAAUAUUAAGAAGAUUUUUAAUUUUUUUUGCUUGUAUAUAUUUAUUUAGUUUUUAUUUAUAGUAAUAAAAGUUAAGUUUUACUUGGUAAUGUAUUUAGCAAAUAUUUAGGUCCUAGUAGUCUUUCUGAGGUGGAUAAUCUUUAAGAAUAUAUUCCUUUUCCACACCCCUCAUUGUUCUUUUCUUUUAGUUUGUUCAAGUUAAUGUUUUAAAAUACCAUAACAGUAAACUUAUUUAAAUUGUUUCUGAUCAGGCUUUGACGAAUUUAGCGCAGUUGAUUUCAGCGGCACAUUCUAUGUGAACACUGAUCGAGAUGACGAUUAUGCAGGAUUCGUUUUUGGCUAUCAGUCAAGCAGCAGAUUUUAUGUACUGAUGUGGAAACAGACCACCCAGACAUAUUGGGAAGAUAAACCUUCUAGAGCUUAUGGAUAUUCUGGUGUGUCUCUAAAAGUUGUCAACUCCACAACGGGUACUGGGGAGCACUUGAGAAAUGCCCUUUGGCACACUGGAAAUACACCAGGAGAGGUAUAAUUUAAAUUAAAUCAAUCAAUCUUAACUGUUAUGAUGAUAUUUAGUUUAAUUUAUAGUAAUUACAUUCUAGCUAUAACUAUAUAUUUCCUUUUGUCAUUGUAGGUAAGAACUUUAUGGCAUGAUCCCAAGAAUGUUGGAUGGAAAGAUUAUACUGCUUACAGGUGGCAUCUGACACACAGGCCUAAGACUGGCUUUAUUAGGUAUGUCAUUAGCUGUAUAUGCUAGUUUCUAUAAAUAAAUAUAUAAGUAUAUGUUUGUUCAACACUUUUCCCCCCAGAAUGCAUCUUUCCAUCACCCUUCCUCCCAAAAAAUGUGUCUUCUAUUUUUCUCCCCUUUAUCCAUCCUCCCUUAUCAUCAUGAAAGCAGUAUUAAAGAGUACUAAGAAAGAGUAAUCAAGACAGAUGUUUCAUUUAUAUAUAUAUAUAUAUAUAUAUAUAUAUAUAUAUAUAUAUAUACAUACAUACAUAGAGUGGAGACUGUAGCCAUAUCAGUCAAGUAAUGCAGAUGUAAAGUAACCGAUGAAAUUAGUAUCAUGUAAUACCUUUUUAAUUAGACUAACACAAUUUUGGAAUGACAACUUUCAGGAGAAUCUCCCUUUCUCAAGUGUAAAGCAUUUCUGAUCAAAAAACAACACAUGGAAUUCAAAGUUGAGUUGUUAUACUGGGGUUAUAGCAACAUGAGUGCAGAUAAGGCACAGGACAGAAAAUAAAACCAUGCAAACAAUGCAGAAGAUGGUGCUAGAAGGCGAAGGAGUAUAAAUGCACAAAUACAUAAAUACAUACACAUACAUAUAAAUACACUCAAAUGCACAAAUAUAUGUGCAUGCACACCUAUAUAUACAUUCACACACAGGCACCAAUACAAAUCCCUACAUAUGUACAUAUACAUAGACCCAUAUAUAUGCAUUUUUACACAUAUUCACAUAGAUAUAUACACACACACACACACACACACACACAUAUAUAUAUAUAUAUAUAUACAAAGUACUAUGCAAUCCUUAUCAUAUUUAAUUCUAACAGUGCCCCCUAUGUAUGCCUUGAAACAUUUUUUUAAUGAAAUUAGCACAGAAAAGUAAAUAUAUUUCAGAAAGUGAGCAAGGCCCACUUCUCUCUGUCAUGGUAGUGCAAAGUAUCUUCAUUUGUUAUUUACAAUAUCACAUUACUGCUUGGCCUAAUAUCUAAUAUCAUCUGGUAGCAACUUAAGCCUGUUUGACAUACUGUAGUUUUUAAAGUCAUGUAUAUUUUUCUGUAAUAAUUCCUGUUUUGUCUUACAGGGUAGUUGUGUAUGAAGGAAAACAAAUUAUGGCAGAUUCUGGCCCACUCUACGACAAAACAUAUGCGGGUGGACGACUAGGACUCUUUGUAUUCUCUCAAGAGAUGGUUUUCUUCUCUGAUCUUAAGUAUGAAUGUAAAGGUCAGUAUAGUCAGUAUAUAUAUAUAUAUAUGAAUAAUGAAGGCCCACACAGGCCCUAAUUUGUCAAAGUAAAAAUUAAGUAAAUCUCGUUCAAAUUGUUAAAUAUAGAGUAAUGCUGUAAACUGAUUACUGUACAUUUAAAAUUUUACCAUUUUAUUUUCAUUAAUUUAUUAAAGCGGCACUGUUACUUCAGCAAAAUGAGUUUUUCAUAAUACUCAUACUAACUGUGUUGAAAUUUCACUGAAAUUCCAACACAAUCAAAAGAUAUACUGAGACAAAAUAGGGACUACUUUGUCUUAGUAGCUUUUCUACACCUGACACUUCUAGACACUGGGAGGAACUACCGUCGUCUAGAAGUGUCGAGCCCCCAACCGUCACCAGUGACAGCUGCAGGAAUUGUUUCAGUUUAUCGAGGAUGCACCAGGAGCAGAAGAGGACCGGUUGGAUGAUAAUGGUGGCACUCUUGAGGGAUAGGUUUAGGUUAGUUGGACUAUUCUUUGCAUGCUGCCCUCGUCCUCCCCUCCUCCCCUGCCACCGGACUCCCAGCAACAAUGUCACCAUCAGGGGUCUUUGCAACUUAUGUGCCACUUUAAAUACAGAGUAUUUUCACAUUUUCUGGUAGAAAUUAAACCAUAGUAAGUUUAUUAUCUGAACAAUUGUGCAAUAAUGUAAAAGGGAAACAAUAGUCUACCUAAAUUCCUGUUUAAUUCAUUAUGGAGUUAAUUAGUAUAAAAUACUUUGUAAAUAGAAAAUACCUUUUGGGGAGUGUGAGUGCCGAGUCCAUGCUGGAUUUAUAUACUGUAUAUACAUACACAAAGUAAGCAGAUAAAAGUACAAAUUUAUAUUUGUCAUGGAAAGAGUUCUGGCUAAAGUGUUACACUUGUUUCUCAUCAUAUUGGUGGACGCAUGCCUGCUUUCUAAACACAUUCAUUAAUAAUUCCAUAUGUUUGUACUGUGCAUUACGUCAUCUUUCCGUCUGCAUCCAACAGAAUAAUAUAACUGUCUAAAGUCUCUGUGGGAUUUUGACACUAAACAUCUGCAGAAAUUCUGUUAUCCCAAUCAACAUUAAUGGUAAAUUACUGCAUCUCUGUACAUUAAUGAGUCUUCACACAGACACUGUUUAACACAUCAUUUUUAAAAAAAUUAUAAAGCAAUGAUGACAGUUUUCAAUUUAAAUGAAAGGGUUCAUUUCCAGAUGUUUAAAUAGCCCAAGGAUACUAAAUUUAAGAGCAAUGUGAAGUUGCCAUUAUUUUAUUUCUACGUGUGGCCUUAUCUGGUGACAAAACAUAGUUUAAAUCCUAGCCUCAUUCUGACUGUAUGAAAAUCAAUCAACCAGUCAGGGUACAGACUUGAUUUGACAUUUAUAUAUAUAUAUAUAUAUAUAUAUAUAUAUAUAUAAAUAUGUAUGUGUGUGUGUAAAGGUAGCAUGCCCCAGCUACGUCCUGACGUUCAGACGACAAGUGGAACCUGGUUGCUUGUUUACAUAGAAACCUAGAAUGUGACAUCAGAUAAGAACCGUUUGGCCCAUCUAGUCUGCCCAAUUUUCUAAAUACUUUCAUUAGUCUCUGGCCUUAUCUUAAGUCUAGGAUAGCCUUAAACGCCCUCGCAUUAAUCUCUACCACUUCAACUGGAAGGCUAUUCCAUGCAUCUACUACCCUCUCUGUAAAGUAAUACUUCCGGAAACAAUUUUUAACCCUUUGCCCCUCUAAUUUAAGACGGUGUUCUCUUGUUGUGGUAGUUUUUCUUCUUUUAAAUAUAUUCUCCUAUAUUGUGUUGAUUCUCUUUAUGUAUUUAAGUACGUAAUAGGAAGCCUGGCUCGUGGUCAACCUCCUCUAGUUCACUUCUCUUUGACAUUACAUGUGGCCAUGCUACAUAUUCACUUUGGUUCAAUACAUUCAGCCUACGUUCUGAUGCGCUACAUAUUCCCUUUGGUUUAGUACAUUCGGCCUAUGUUCGGUUGUGCUUCAUAACUUUGGUUUAGUACUUAUGGCAUACGUCCUCCUUGCUACACAUUCACUUUGGCUUCAGUACAUUCAGCUUACAUUCAGUUAUGUAACACAUUAAUUUUUGUUCAGUACUUUUGGCCUACUUUUGACCUCUUUAGAUUCACUUUGGUUUCAGUACAUUCGACCUACAUUCAGCUAUUCUGCAUUUUCAGUUUGGUUCCGUACAUUAGGCAUAAUUUCGUUAAUGCUACAUGUUUUCUUUGGUUUCAGUAUUCAUCUAUGUCACAUGUCACCUAUGUCACCUAUAUUUGACCUUGCUUCAUAUUCCCAUUACAAUUUUUAAUUAGUUUCAUUCCAUUUGGCCUACUUUCAGAAACGCUAUUGGUUCAGUACAUUUGGCCUACAUUCGGACACGCAACAUUUUCAAUUUAGUUCAGUACAUUUGGGCUACAUUUGACUGCAUUUUUAUUACUUUAAUGUUAAUGUCUUGUUUGGCCUACCUGUCAUUAGACAUUUAUAUAUCAAUUGUUAAUCAUCGGUUAAUUACCAGACAGUUUUUCCAAUUAUUAUUACUGUGCUGCAUCCCUAACUGUAAUUUAUACUGAGCGUGUUUUUAUGAAUCUACCUAUUGUUUGUAAUUGUUGCUGACUUUUCAAGUUUUAUAUUGAAAGACAUGAGGUUGCCCUCAUCAAACUAUUCUUCAUGAUGAGGUUCCUUUUUUACAAAGGUCACAUGCUCACCAAUUUAGUAUUUGGUUACCCAGCUCCCUCUAUCACAUAGGACACAUGCUCAUCACGCUUGUUUACAUUACUGGUCAUCCUCUUUUUCAAAGGUCAUGCACUUAUUAGUUUUUGGUAUUUGAUUACUGAGCUCUCUAUCACAGAGCACAAGCUUAUCAAAUGUCAAAUGCUUCACCCCUAAGUAUAUCUGUUAAACCAGCCUAUACUUACUUUAUCGGCAGGACUCUGUGUCCUUAUGGUGGAGGACCCCCUCUCCUCUUCACUUCCGAGGCCCACCACAUUUGUAUAACAUUGUUAUAUCUUUCGAUACAGUAGGUAUCGAUUCCCAUCUUGGAGUGGGUUUUUUAAUUUGGCUACCAUGUACUGUUUAGGCUGUAAUCCCUUCCACUCCAAAUUCUUGUUAUCCUUAUGGAGGUCUGAUAGUUGUUUUUAUCUGUUUAUAUUGCACAUAGAUUCGGGUUGUUACGUGGUUUCCACCCGUUUUUUUUUACUUUAUACAUCUAUUAAAAGUUAAGUUUUAUAAGCUCACAAUUUUGGGGUGGAUUUCCACCGUUUAAAACUUUCGUUCUCUUUCUUCUCCAUCCCUAGGAUAUUUUAUUAUACUCCUAUUUCCCCUGAUUUUUGGUCUAGUGUUGUUAAUUUUUAGUGAAUUUAUUUCACUAGGGGUUACUCCCCACUCAGGAGACAGUUAUCUUAGACUUUCUCUUUCUUUAAUGGUAUUUGUUACAAAGCUUCCUCUUUUGCAUAGGUCUUACUCCUCAUAUUGGUAUUUAUUACUAAGCAUUCUCUUUUUCAGGGGUAACAGCUCUUUAUAUAUAUAUAUUUGUUACUGAGCUUUCUCUUUUGCAGAGGUCAUGCGCUCAUUAAAUUGGUAUUGGGUUACUGAGCUUCCUCUUCGCAGAGGACAUGCGCUCGUUAAAUUGAGAUUUGUUACGGAGUUUCCUCUUUUGCAGAGGUUACAUGCUCAUUCCUUUUUCACAAACUAGUACUUGGUACUGAGCUUCCUCUUUCAUAGAGUUCACACAGUCAUGACAUUGUUUUGUGACUGACCUUCCUCUAUGGCAAAGGACAUGUGCUCAUCAAAUUGGUAUUUGUUACUGAGCAUCCUCUAUCACAAUUGAGCUUCCUCAUUCACAGUCACAAGCUCAUCAAAUUGGUGUUUGGUUAUUUGGCUUCCUCUUUUAAAGAGGAUACAUACUCAUCAAAUUGGUAUUUAAUAUACUGAUUCAAUGUAAAUGUAAAGGCAGUAUGCCUGGAACUGUAGGAGGGGUUUUGCCCGACCUAAAUCUACCUCUCUCCCAGCUACCUCUUGACGUACUUUCGACGAGUGGAAGCCUACCAACAUCUGCCUAUACUACUCUUUCAGUAGGUCAGUCCCCUUUUUCACACCUACCUGUUCGAGGGUUUCUCCACACCAUAACCGAUUUGCUCUUACUGGUAUAGCCCAAACCUGAUUGAAUACCUCCAGCCUUUCUCCCCAACCACAAUUGUAUAUAUAUUUCAUUUCUCUUAGCGCUGCUUUUUGUCGAUCCAUGGAGAUAAUUCAUUUUUGCAAAUUCUGCACCUAAAAACAAAUCUAAAACCUGUAAAUUAUGCCCAUUUUACAACACUGCAGAACAUGUAGACAAUAGUUAUUAGAUUACCAUUAUUAUUAACAUUAGAAUGAUGUAGCAUCCUAAACUAUUUUCAUAGCCUUGCAACAAUAUCAAAAUGUUUAGAAACUCAACUGCAUGCUUCUUGUUAAUAUACUUUUAUUUUAUGUAUUUAUUUUCAGAUUUCUAAGACCAAUAUUAUAUAGAAGAUAUUGUACCAUACAUCCUCUGCGCCCAAGACACCUUGGCACUCUCUGGAUACACCAAAAGUAAUUUAAUUUACCUCUUGGCAACAGGGAGGGUUGUGCCUCGUACCAUCUGAGAAGAAAAUAGAAGGUGGCUGAAUUGUAGACACCAAAGAAAAGGGGAAAAAAGACAUCUUAAAUUGUUAAAUUAAUAAUAUAGAGAUGGCUGAUUUUUAAAGCAUUCUCUGUGAUACAGUACUAAGUAAUACCAAAUAAUCUAAUAAUAUGAGAUGCAGAAAUAGUAUAUCAUUCCUGGACAUGUUUUUGUACAUGAACAAGUGUUGGUGUAUUCUUACAGUGUCUUCCUCUAACUAACAACCUCAUUUUUAUAUAAUUUUCUACAUACACAUUGUCAAAUAUUUUAACAGAGGUUUGCAGGAUCUAUUUUAAAAAUAUAUUGUCCAUUUUACUUUUCCCUUGGUUUAAAAUUGUCAGUCCACAAUUAUUUAUAUAAUGGUGACUAAGAAAUUUUCUGACAACGUUUUAUUUGUUUACUAAAGUUUAAUCCUUUCACAUGUCAUAAAGCAAAAUGAAGGGGGAAAAAGUGUAUUGAGUGUUUGAAAUUGUGUUUUUGACAGUGGCAGUCAUGUCUACUUAAGGAAAUCAUAAUUUGUAUGAACACAACAAAACCAUUACAGCAAAAUUCCAUAUUUUAUGGAGGAUUCUGUGAAUGGGUUUUUAUUAAUUAUUUGACUCCAGGUGUACAACAUAAAGAUGUGUUAAAAGGAAUGUCCUGUUUGACAUGAAUGAAGAUAUAACAGUAGGUGCUUAGUAUUUAAAUUUGCAGGAUAUGUGCCCAUCCAUUUUGUGCCUUAAAUAAAAGCUCUUUGCUUUCUAUAGUUUAGUCUUUUCGCUUCUAGUUUGCAGGUGGUUGUUGGCAGAAAAUGUUAGAAAAAAGAAACUACCAAAGGAUAGGGAAAACCUGUCCUAAAAGUUUGAAAGGGGGUACAGAGGUACGAUAGGGCAUAACCCUUAACAUCGAAUAAUGAAAAAGAACUGAUGAGGAUGUUAGCUCCAACCUAGGAAGACCAACCAGCCCCACAGGAAUUACCUCUUAUGUAAAGAUCAAAAUGGGGUAAUAAACUUUAUUAAGAGAAAGUACAUACAAGACAGAAAUAAUGUUUGUGCAACUAAAAUUUGAUCAGACUAAAUGUGUAUAAAAUGAUAGUUAAAAGACCGCUAGUUGGCAGAAAAUGCUUUAUAAUCAACUUUACACACAGGACUAACUAGAAUGCAAGGUUGUAAGUUUUCAAAGAUUCUUCUCUGACUUCACCAUCGAGGUAUCACAAUUAGUUCAUUUGAUCAUUAAUGUUUAGUAUGUAUCAACCUUCAUUUGAAGUGAUCAUCUGUCUUUGCACUGUUUGUGAAGUCUGGCAAGUGACUUUGAACGCCAAUGCACUACACUGACUCGAGUGCCUUAAUAAGUGCAUCAAAGCUUAUACAUUUGUGGUAUAUACAGAAUGCAAUUUCUGGUUAGUGGUUAAAAGUAUGAAGUUUUAGAAAUGGUCGAUGGUAAAAAAAAAAAACAACGAUUUACGCCAUUUCAUGGCACAAAGGAUGUACCAUAUACGCUGGUAAUUGUACAGUAGGUUUUUGUGUUUGUUAUAUAGAAGUGAGGAAAAUAAAGAAAUUGUGUGUGGAUGAACAUGAAUAUGCACCUGUAUAUAUGUAUGGCUGUAAAGCUGAAACACUUUCCCCAAAUUAAGAUAGCAUUCCAUGUUGAUAUAAAGAAUGACUAUAAAAUUUGUUUAUUUCAAAAUAGAUAUAAAGAAAAAUAUAAUACAUUUGAAAAAUGCCACCUAAUCACAUACAACAUAAAAACCACUCAGAUACAUGACUUAUGCUCUACCUCGCAGUCAAAAUUCAUAUUUAAAACACUGAAUUACCCUAUUACAUAAAUGUCUAUAUUCAAUAGAUAUAUAGCCUGCCCCAUAAAUACAAUGUUUCUCAUAUACAUUGAUGUAAUUCAUUUAUUUGCCAACCUUUCAAUGAAAACAUAUACUGUAUAAGGCUACUUAGUCUCUUAAUUUUCACUUUGAGAGAAUUCAACAAAACUGGGCUCUGAUUUUUCUGAUCAGAGUAAUGCUUUAUUCAAUAAGCACAGUAAUCUCUUAUUCUGCUAAGAGAAUCCAGACCUGGAUGUCUAUAUUACCGCCACAACAGCAAAUCUAGAAGAACAAAUUUAAAGCUGCAUGUAUGUAGAAGAAGAAAAAUGUCACAAAUAAAUAUUACUUAAAGAGAACACAGUCCAUGCCAUGUAACUACUACAUUGUGCUGUAGUGGUUAUAUUGCCAGGAGUGUCCUGGCGCACUCCAUGUUAGUAGUCAAACUGUUUGGCAAUGGCAUGACUAAUGGUUUGGAAGCUGCCACUCCCUGGCUCUCAGUCACCAGAUGUAAGGUGCAGUGCCAGCUAAUUGGCUGAUACCAUCAGCUGACUGCUCUCAGCCAAAGAAGUAAGCUUUGUACCACUGUGCUUAGCUCAGUGAAGAAAGUUCUCGGAGGACUUAAAGAGGAAGUCAAACCAUUACGAAACUGUUUGAUUUCUUACAAUUGGAGGGUGCCAAGGUACUUCUGACACUAUAACCACUACAGCUCGCUAUAGCAGUUAUGGUUAUGGUGCUUGGACUACUCCUUUAAUAUACUUACUUAAUAAUUCACUUCUAACAAUAGGCUAACAUUAUCUAACUUUCAUUUCUAUAAAACCCGUAACCUAUUAAGCUACACUUACAAUUUCAUCUGCUCCAGAUUGGUUUUCACCCUACCAGGGCUCAUUUCUGCACCACUGCAAAGCGACUUUCAAAUACUUCACAGCAAUUUUUACACAUAACAUUUAAUAGCAUAGUUUUUACAUCUAGGAGAGGGAUAGGUUGAGUGCGUGGUCUGAACACACAAGUAUAAUACAGAUAUUCUUUGUAGACUGCAACAGAAGCUUCCAGUGUCCUGUGAACUACCGGCAUUUGUUGGCAGUUGCGUUCCUAGAAAUGCCAUAUAGUUUCUUAUAAAUACAAAUAAGGCUAUAUUACAUCAUUGUAUUGUCUAUAUUUGUCACACCUAUAGUAUACAACAAAAAUAGUAAAUCUGCCUCUAUGCUAAUAGUGUAAUAUAAAGAAAAGAACUUGUGAUAUAACCUUGUAAAGUCUCCCCAAUAGUUCAAUAAUGAAUCAAUAAUAAUAUUAAAAAAUAUAUAGAAUAUUGAAAUUUUGUGAAAAUGCAUAAUUCUAAGUUUACCUCAAAACAUGAAACACAAUUAAAUUGUGUAUAAGUAAAAACUCUGUAUGAAAAGACAGUUUAUACUCAUUUUAAUACAAAUAACCGGGUAGUGAAGAAAUUAAGUAACUCAUAAUUCCUAGUGCCCUACAAAACUAUUUAGUUAUUCCUUUCAUAGCCAGAUAUUGCAGCGGAAGAAAUUGAUAUAUUUUCCAUUGAAUUUGAUCCAAUUCAUAUAUUUCCAUUACCUUUCACCACUAAAAAAAAAUAUAUCAUAAUUUUGCACUUUGCUUAUAAAUAAACAAUAGUUAUGUUUGCUGUAACCCAACAUGCUUUUUUCUUUUCCUUUGUACUCGGGAAGGUGUACGCACUCCAGAUGCUGUGGACUACAUAUCCCAUAAUGCUCUCACAGCCUUAAUGCUGGUAUUUAACAUCAGGAUAGAUGUUGUCCACGAUAUCUGGAGUGCCCAAGGUUACCUACCACCUGGUGUAGGUGAGGGCAUCCCCGAACGCUCUCAGUUUAGGAAGGAACAAAAUGUAAAUCAUACCUGGUAAAUUGUACACAGUAUUAUGUGUAAUGAUUUUAAGUUAAAUUAUUCAAUAUGGUAAGUUAUUUCACUUAAUAUACUUAGCAUUGCAGGGUAUGGGAAAAAGUAAGGAAAUGGCACUUUAUAAAUUUAUAAUGUACAUAUUUUUAUCUAUGAACAGCAGAGGAUCCUAGUUAAUAUAGGAAGUACAUUAUGUAUUCUUUUUGUAUAAAAUACAAGCUGGAGAGUGGUGAUGCAAUUAUUUUUUCUCUCCAAGAAAACAUAUUUUUUAAUAUAAUAACAAAAAAAAUAAUAAGUGCUGCAUUAGUGGCUGUAUGGUUUGAAGAAAUCUACUAAACAACACAAAUUAAUUUUGUACAUUGAAUAACCUAAAUGAGUUUACUUUAUUAUUAUUCUCUAAAGACAGAAAUUUGAUUAAUUGAAUACAAAAACCAAAAGUAGGCCAAAUUAGUAUUGCUGGACUAAUUGCCACUUAGUUUAUCUUUCAGCUCAUCCCAAUUCAAUCUUUAAGAAUGAAUCCCUUUUAAUUUACAUUACAACUACAUACUAAAUUUAUUGUGAAAAUGUUUGACUGGAGAAAAAGAAGUAUAAGACGCUCUUGCAAAAAUUCAAUCCAUUCAAAAAUGAUUGACCUUCAUCUGCUGAUGUAAGUUUGGUACAUUGACUGCCAUUCUGUAUUUUGUAUUGCUUGAUCAUAGCCAUUUUGUAGUUAUAUAAUAAAGAUGUAAAUAGGACUUUUCAUUGCUGGUGGAAUACAGGAGAUUGUUUUAGACAGAAAUAAAUAAUUCAAUUGCAACAAUCUACCAUUUUGUUUCUAGAUUUUUUUUUUUGAGUUUUUGUUCUCAGUUGCUAAGUUUCUUUAAUGUACAGAUAUGACUUAAGAAGGGAAUUAUUUUAUAUUUGAUCACUAGCCCAAAAUAAUUCUAAUUUCAAGUGUUUUAGUUAUUUUUCAUUUAAAUGCUUUCUAUGAUAAAUGAAACUGCUGUGUUCUUUUUUGCACAUUCAUAUAAUUGUCUUGUUAAACAAAAUGCAUUUUUUUUGUUUUUAAUAAUUUGUUUGCAGUGUCUUUCCAUACAGCGUACUCCAUUACUUCAUUAAAUGUAUGCAAUGUAAUUGAUGCGUAGUCUAUUUGUGAAUUUGUUCCACAAAAUUAAAAGUGGGACAGAAGUUGUUAAUAUUACCAGACUGUACUAUAAUAUUUUCCAAUGUAAAUUAUUUAUUAUGUUUUUUUUUUACACUAAUUUUAAUUUUGUUGAAGUAAAAAAAAAAAAAGUCUAAAUUUUGUUGCCAAAGACUGUAAAUAAUUUAUUUAUUUGUUUAUGUGGACGGAAUUUUAUAAUGGAAAGUCCUAUAUUUAGCCACCUACUACCUUUAAUGCUUUUUAUUAAAGUUUCAUAUUAGGAAAUAAAUUAAAUGUAUAAGAAUUUAACAACAAAAAUUCUCUUUACUUUUUGUUUUGGCACUAAAAUGAUUUCUCCUCUGUGCCCAUAUUUAAAUAAUUAAUUAUUUAAAAAUUGUACUUCUGCUCCCAUCAGAAGAAACUGCAAAACAUGGAUUUAAACAUAUAUGACCAGAUUAAAGACCACUCCCUUCUCAAUAAAACAAAACAAUAGACUUGGAGAUUUGUUCCAUUCCCAACUGCAGUUUAUAACAUUUUUGGCUGAUCGGGUGAUUAGUAGAAUUCCUGAACUCCGAUCUGUAAUGUAGCCAUAUCACGAACCAAACAAUAUUGGUUGUUGUUUUGGUCACCUAAUAGCUGAGCACGUUAAUUUUGAGCCGUGAUUCUGACUUCCAUGAUGCCAAGGAGAUGAUUGAUGGGAAAAAAGAUGAUUGAUGGGCAUGGGACAGUCACCUAAAGUUGAUUAUAUUUACAGAUCACAUAUGAAGUGACCAAUAAAGGGAAAACAAGAGGAGCAGUAUUUAAAUAUAUUUAAUAAAUAUAUAAUAUAUACAUUUAAAUGUUUGUUGCUCCUGCUGUUUUUCCUCUAUCAGUUACUUUUUUUUCUCUUGAUCCGUGAAGCAAAUGGCAGAAAAACACGCCCUACAUAAAUAAAUAUUAUGUAUAUAUUUUGCAGUUUACUAAUUGGCCCAUUUUUGCUUCCUUUUGGUUUGUCUGAUUUGUUUCCCAAAUCAGUUUUUCAUUACCGUAAUGCUGCCAAGCCAAACCGUGUGGCUAAAAUUUGGCCGUCCUUUUUUUAAAUGGCUUGGCCGAAACAAAUUUUCUCACCCUGUACAAAUUUAAAAAAUAAAGUAUUCUUGUUUAAUACUUAUGUGAAACUCCCAUGAAUGAGAUUUUUUUUUUGUCAAACCAUAAAAUUACUUUUUGUUUGAAAUAUACUUUUGCUUUAAAACCAGAUGAUCAAGUAGUUAUUCACAAGCAUAAUAAAUAAGAAAGCAUAAUAAAUAACUGAAAACUGAUGCAUAUACUUUAAGUGUUUGCAUUAUAUUAAAGUACAAAUGUGAU